AUGGCUGCUUUCGGGAUCUUAAGUUACGAACACCGGCCCCUGAAGCGGCCACGACUCGGACCUCCGGACGUUUAUCCACAAGACCCAAAGCAAAAAGAGGUCAGAUAAACUUCAAUCGUUUCUCAAACCAACGUUGCAAAGAGAAAUUGACACAAAGAGCCUAUUUUGAAAGGAGCCCUUAGCUACGCUAUGGUUGCUAACGUUAGCUAACGUUAAUCCCCCCCAGACGGCUAUCAGGCCCAAAACAGUCUCUCUAGCAAUAACAAUGAACAGCUACUUGGCUUGUCAGCUUGCCUGCUCGUACUGAAAACACCAACCAGCUAGCUAUCUUGAUAGCUUUCUAUGGGGCUAACGUUAACAAGUAAUUUAGUUAGUUAACGCUAGCUAGGUAAAUGAUACGACAAAGAUCAUUUGGCUAACUUUCAAAUUAACAAAUAUUGCACGAACCAUUGUUUGCAUUUCAAAUAACAUUAACUAACGAACAACACAACUAGGAUACAUUUGGAGCAGCUUGAUAGAUACUUGGCCAGCUAGCUAGCGUGAUUAGCAACUAGCUACUGUAGGAUAGCUAGCUAAAUGUCGUCAUUUUCAUAAAUUGGCAAACAGUCAACGUUAACGUUACCAUGUUGUUGUGUUAUGUGUGUCUAACUAACGGUUUUAUCAUGUGCAAUGUAUUUCUAGCUAGCCAAAUGUCCUAACUAACGUUACUAGUUUAGCUACCAAUACCAUAGCUAACUAACUAAUUAGCUAGAUAACGCAGCCAUUUAAUUUUAGCUCACGUUAGCUAGCUAGCACUGUCUGGAAAUCUCGUUUACUGCGUCAGGAGACCAUUUUUGUCCAAAUUGAUGUGGGGAACUAUCGGUCAUGAUGUAUUUAGCUACAAUGACAUGUCACUUAACAUAUCAGGCAUAUGUGGAAUGGGAUCCUAAGACUUAGUUUUUUUUUUUUUAUAGCCAAACAACCUAAACUCAAUUUGAUUAUCUAGCUAGCUAGUUAACUAAUUGGCUAAGCAGGCCCCCACUGAGAUAAUCACCAUUUGUUUUGUAAACAGAGGUGGAGAAUGGGAUGUCCAGUGUCUUGUACAUGUGCUCAUUGGGUGACUUCAUCAACUGCAUGGUCUGAAUUUCACAACAGAGAACUAAUGUAAAUAAUUUGUGUUCCAGGAUGAAUUGACUGCGUUGAAUGUGAAGCAAGGAUUUAAUAAUCAACCAGCAGUGUCUGGAGAUGAACAUGGAAGUGCUAAAAAUGUCAACUUCAAUCCCUCAAAGGUGAUCUAAUACUCAUCACUGUUUCUUUGUCAUCUGUAUCAGACACGUAGUGAAUCAUGCAUGUUGUAGGAUCUCUUGUUCAUAGCAUUCUUUCCUAUUACCCAAACAGAUUAGUUCAAACUUCAGCAGCAUCAUUGCAGAGAAGCUGCGCUACAACACCUUUCCAGACACAGGCAAACGGAAGCCACAGGUCAACCAGAAGGACAAUUUCUGGCUCGUUACUGCCAGGUCACAGAGCUCUAUCAACAACUGGUUUACAGACUUGGCUGGGACUAAACCCCUCACCCAGCUGGCCAAGAAGGUAGGACUUUGUACCAAAACACCCCUGGGGGCACGUUCAGCAGAGCACCACAUCGUGAUAGAAAUAUGUUACUGUAUGUAGAACAAACAAGACUCUGACAUGUAGACUAAGGAAUCAUGCUGGCUCUAUUGAUUACAUGUCUAUCGGCAAAGUUCCAGAAUGUUUGCCUGCUGAAUGUGGCCCUACUCUUCCUGUGACCAAGUCAAAUUUAACCGCAAUAUGUCUGCCUUGGGAGACUUAUACACUAUCUUCCUGAAAUUAUCCAAAGUAACUUAAUUGAGAUUUAUAAGACUGACACAUGUCAAUUAUAAAAAAAAGUAUGUUAUUUCUCUGCAGAAUCUUCCUUUACUGGCUUUGUUUGGGGUUUGUGUACCAGGUGCCGAUCUUUAGUAAAAAGGAGGAGGUUUUUGGCUACUUGGCCAAGUACACAGUACCUGUGAUGCGUUCGGCAUGGAUGAUCAAGAUGACCUGUGCGUAUCACGCCGCCAUCACAGAAACAAAAGUCAAGAAGCGGCACGUGAUUGACCCCUGCAUAGGUAAUCAAGCACUCCUUAAAAAAUAUAUAGCCUACCCAUCCUCCCUUGAACAACAUCGUUUAAAACAUUCCAAUAUCCUGAGUGUGUUCACUGCCAUUUAGAAAAGAUAGGCUGCUACAUCUCUAGAAUUGUUCUCAGUCAUGCUGCAUUAACAGGAGCAAAUGCCACUGGGAUGAAUUGAACUCUUAAUGCUAUGUUCUUUCUGUCUGCACUGCAGAAUGGACUCAGAUCAUCACUAAGUACCUGUGGGAGCAGUUGCAGAAGGUGGCCGAGUUCUACCGCCAGUCUCCCAGCCAGGGCUGUGGCUCCCCUCUCCCGGCCAAUCCGGCCGAGGUGGACACGGCCAUGAAGCAGUGGGAGUACAACGAGAAGCUGGCCAUGUUCAUGUUCCAGGUCGGUUGGUCCUUUGCUCUGUCUGUCUUUUUUUUUUGUCUGUUUGCCUGCCUGUCUCAGGUUGCAUGUCUGUCUCCAUGUCUGCCUGCCUCAACAGGGGACCUAUGUAUCUCCAAUGUCUGAUGCGUUUGAUAAGCAAAAUAGAUAUGCUUCAGUUGGUAGAGCAUGGUGCUUGAAACGCCAGGAUCUGCUAAAUGGCAUAUUAUUUUUGAUAUAUAUAGAUAUAAUUUAGAUAUAUUUUCACUAAACAGUUUCAAAUGGAUUGAGUUGUUACUUGGUUAGAAUUUUGUGACUUCAAUGUUUGCUUUUUGUCAUUACACAGCUGUCUGCAAUGGCUGUCGUGGUAGUAUAACCCUAUUUCACUAUUACGUCAUCGCAUAAACACCAUGCUGCAUGCCGGGUUCAUUAGGGGGAAAAUAAGCAGUAAACAGCUAGCAAGUUAGCUUCUAUUUAGAGAGUGAGCCAUUUCUGUGGUAAACUAAACUAUGAGGUAAGCGAUAAGACAAUAUAUGUAUUUUAUGACUAAGGCCAGAUGGAAUCGUAGCAUCACAAGCAAGAUGAAACGGUUUGGGCAUUUUUUGGAUGAACAUCUCUAGUUCGCCCGCAUCAUACAGCACAUUGUUUACACUGAGUAAUAGUGAAAUGGAGUAAUUGCAUAGGGUUAAAGAUGCAGUCUGGGAUCUUAAGCACAACAAAUUCGUAACAUAUUGUACGAAUUAGGUUCGUAACAUAUCAUACGAAUUGCUAAACAAAUAUUUGAUUAAUUUUUGCAGGGUUUAACAUAUAUGAAGUGGAUGACGUAGUACACAAAAAACGGGGAACCCGUUUUGGCUUGUGAUCACCACUUUAAAAACUACUGGCUGAAAUUAUACAAAGUUGUGAAGCAUCAGUUAAACUUACCCUAAAUAAAAAUCAAAUACAUUUUUAUUUGCCACAUGCGCCGAAUACAACAGGUGUAGACAAUACAGUGAAAUGCUUACUUACAAACCCUUAACCAACAAUGCAGUUUAAGAAAAAAAUACAAAUAGCAAAUAAUUAAAGAGCAGCAGUAAAAUAAAAGAACAGUAGGGAGGUUAUAUACAGGGGGUAUCGGUACAGAGUCAAUGUGCGGGGGCACCGGUUAGUGGAGGUAAUUAAGGUAAUAUGUACAUGUGGGUAGAGUUAAAGUGACUAAGCAUAAAUAAUAAUAAACAGAGUAGCAGCAGCGUAAAAGAGGGUGGUGGGGUGGGGGGGCAAUGCAAAUAGUCCGAGUAGCCAUGAUUAACUGUUCAGGAGUCUUAUGGCUUGGGGAUAGAGGCUGUUGAGAAGCCUUUUGGACCUAGACUUGGUGCUCCGGUACCGCUUGCCGUGCGGUAGCAGAAAGAACAGUCUAUGACUAGGGAGUCUUUGAUCAUUUUUAGGGCCUUCCUCUGACACCGCCUGGUAUAGAGGUCCUGGAUGGCAGGAAGCUUGGCCCCAGUGAUGUACUGGGCCGUACGCACUACCCUCUGUAGUGCCUUGCAGUCGGAGGCCGAGCAGUUGCCAUACCAGGCGGUGAUGCAACCAGUCAGGAUGCUCUCGAUGGUUCAGCUGUAGAACUUUUUGAGGAUCUGAGGACCCAUGCCAAAUCUUUUCAGUCUCCUGAGGGGGAAUAGGCUUUGUCGUGCUCUCUUCACGACUGUCUUGGUAUGUUUGGACCAUGAUAGUUUGUUAGUGAUGUGGACACCAAGGAACUUGAAGGUCUCAACCUGUUCCAUUACAGCCCCAUCGAUGAGAAUGGGGGCGUGCUCAGUCCUCUUUUUUUUCCUGUAGUCCACAAUCAUCUCCUUUGUCUUAAUCACAUUGAGGGAGAGGUUGUUAUCCUGGCACCACACGGCCAGGUGUCUGACCUCCUCCCUAUUGGCUGUCUCAUCAUUGUCAGUGAUCAGACCUACCACUUUUGUGUAGUCGGCAAACUUAAUGAUGGUGUUGGAGUCGUGCCUGGCCAUGCAGUCAUGGGUGAACAGGGCGUACAGGAGGGGACUGAGCACGCACCCCAGAGGGGCCCCCGUGUUGAGGAUCAGCGUGGCAGAUGUGUUGUUACCUACCCUUACCACCUGGGGGCUGCCCGUCAGGAAGUCCAGGAUCCAGUUACAGAGGGAGGUGUUUAGUCCCAGGGUCCUUAGCUUCGUGAUGAGCUUUGAGGGCACUAUGGUGUUGAACGCUGAGCUGUAGUCAAUGAAUAGCAUUCUCACGUAGGUUUUCCUCUUGUCCAGGUGGGAAAGGGCAGUGUGGAGUGCAUCAUCUAUGAAUCUGUUGGGGCGGUAUGCAAAUUGGAGUGGGUCUAGGGUUUCUGGGAUAAUGCUGUUGAUGUGAGCCAUGACCAGCCUUUCAAAGCACUUAAUGGCUACAGACAUGAGUGCAACGGGUCGGUAGUCAUUUAGGCAGGUUUUCUUAGUGUUCUUGGGCACAGGGACUAUGGUGGUCUGCUUGAAACAUGUUGGUAUUACAGACUCAGUCAGGGACAUGUUGAAAAUGUCAGUGAAGACACUUGCCAGUUGGUCAGCGCAUGCUCGGAUUACACGUCCUGGUAAUCCGUCUGGCCCUGCGGGCCUUGUGAAUGUUGACCUGCUUAAAAGUCUUACUCACAUCGGCUACAGAGAGCUUGAUCACAUAGUCAUCCGGAACAGCUGAUGCUCUCAUGCAUGCUUCAGUGUUGCUUACCUCGAAGUGAGCAUAGAAGUGAUUUAGCUUGUCUGGUAGGCUUAUGUCACUGGGCAGCUCGCGGCUGUGCUUCCCUUUGUGGUCUGUAAUAGUUUUAGUAUUGACUCUUUGCCUGUUUGAUGGUUCGUCGGAGGGCAUAGCAGGAUUUCUUAUAAGCGUCUGGAUUAGAGUCCCGCUCCUUGAACGCGGCAGCUUUACCCUUUAGCUCAGUGCGGAUGUUGCCUGUAAUCCAUGUCUUCUGGUUGGGGUAUGUGCGUACGGUUGCUUUGGGGACGACGUCAUCGAUGCACUUAUUGAUGAAGCCAGUGACUGAUGUGGUGUACUCCUCAAUGCUAUCGGAAGAAUCCCGGAACAUAUUCUAGUCUGUGCUAGCAAAACAGUCCUGUAGCUUAGCAUCUGCGUCUGACCACUUCCUUAUUAACCGAGUCACUGGUGCGUCCUGCUUUAGUUUUUGCUUAUAAGCAGGAAUCAGGAGGAUAGAAUUAUGGUCAGAUUUGCCAAAUGGAGGGCGAGGGAGAGCUUUGUACACGUCUGUGUGUGUGUGGAGUAUAGUUGGUCUAGAGUUUCUUUCCCUGUGGUUGCACAUUUAACAUGCUGGUAGAAAUUAGGUAGAACGGAUUUAAAUUUCCCUGCAUUAAAGUCCCCGGCCACUAGGAGCGCUGCCUCUGGAUGAGCGUUUUCCUGUUUACUUAUGGCCUUAUACAGCUCAUUGAGUGCAAUCUUAGUGCCUGCAUCGGUUUGUGGUGGUAAAUAGACAGCUAUGAAAAAUAUAGAAAAUUCUCUUGGUAAAUAGUGUGGUCUACAGCUUAUCAUGAGAUACUCUACCUCAGGUGAGCAAAACCUCGAGACUUCUUUAGUAUUAGAUUUUAUGCUCCAGCUGUUGUUUACAAAUAUACACAGACCGCCACCCCUUGUCUUACCUGAGUCAGCUGUUCUAUCCUGCCAAUGUAGCGUAUAUAUCCCGCCAGCUGUAUGUUAUCCAUGUCGUUGUUCAGCCACGACUCGGUGAAACAUAAGAUAUUACCGUUUUUAAUGUCCCGUUGGUAGGAUAACCUUGAUCUUAGGUCGUCUAAUUUAUUUUCAAAUGAUUGAAGAUUGGCUAAUAGGAUUGAUGGAAGAGGCAGUUUACUCGCUCGCCGUCGGAUCCUUAAAAGGCACCCCGACCUACGUCCACGAUAUCACUGUCUCUUUCUCAUGUGAAUGACGGGGAUUUGGGCCUUGUCGGGUGUCUGUAGGAUAUCCUUCGCAACCGACUCAUUGAAGAAAAAAUCUUAGUCCAAUACGAGGUGAGUAAUCGCUGUCCUGAUAUCCAGAAGCUACGGUGGCAGAAACAUUAUGUACAGAAUAAAUUACAAAUAACGCGAAAAAACACACAUAAUUGUACAAUUUGGUUAGAGGGCUGUAAAACGGCUGCCAUUUUCCUCGGCGCCGUCCUUCACAAAAAACGGGGACCCGUUUUGGCUCGUGAUCACCACUUUAAAAACGACUGGCUGAAAUUAUACAAAGUUCUGAAGCAUCACUUUAACUUACCCUAAAUACUUCAUGCUGUAGAAGAACAAGCAAUAACAAACGGUUGUUUGCUUGUGUCCAGGAUGGCAUGCUAGACAGACACGAGUUCCUGACGUGGGUGUUGGAAUGCUUCGAGAAAGUCCGACCUGGAGAGGAUGAGCUUCUGAAGCUGCUGCUGCCCCUCCUGCUACAGGUAAUGCCUAUAUACCAUCCCUUUAGCACCCAUCAUCUUAAUAAUAAUUUGGUGGGUGCUUAAAAUUGUCCUAUUUCACACAUGUACAAGUGUGUAUUAAUAUGCUUGUGUGAAUUGGAAAUGUGUUUUUUGCAUAUCCCACUCUCCCUGAGACCCUCGGAGAGUGGGGUUACAGCCAUGGUCUGCCAUUAUCAAUGGCGACCCUGGAGCAAUUAGGAUUAGGUACCUUGUUCAAGGGCACAUCGGCAUACCUUUCACCUUGUCAGCUCUGGGAUGCGAACUAGCAACAUUUCAGUUACUGGCCCAAUGCUCUAACCGCUAGGCUAUCUUUCUCCUAAUGCAGUGAUGGAUUUCAUUCUCCUUCCAGUAGCAAACCACAUAUUUCAUGUGGAAGAAGUAACUUGAGGAGACAGAGAUGUAGUUUAUCUUCAUGAAUCAGGAAGAGUCCAGGUUUUCUGACAUCCUCUAAUUAUACAGUUGGGGACAUUAAAAACUACUUUUUCAAAUUACCUUUGGUGCAGCAAUGGUACAUUGUUAAUGUGAAAAACUCUCGCAGGGUGGUGGCAAGCACCAAGUUCAGUAGCAAUCAUCUAACAAUAACCUAUCUAACAAAAAACAUUUCUGACAUAUGCCCUUGGAGGUGCCGUUUAAUCCACUUCAAAGCAAAUGUUUUUACCUGAGCUGCAGUAAAUGUUAACUUUUGAAUACCCCCAACUGUACGUCAUUGAGGCUGACCUAGCUACCCUCUCCUCUGUUUUUCCCUGUAUUCCAUUGCUGUGAUCACAUGUCAGCUCUGAAGAGUUUGAACUGACAUUGUGAGUCGUGUCCCCUCCAUCAGUACUCAGGGGAGUUUGUGCAGUCGGCCUACCUGUCCAGGAGACUGGCCUACUUCUGCACGCGACGCCUCAACCUACUGCUAAGCGACGGGAGCCUGGGACCUGGUGCCGGGGGGCACCCGGCCCACAGCAUCCUGGCGCAGCCGGGGAAUGCCCUGCCCCCCACACCCACCUCCCAGCCCACGGGGGGCAACCAACCCCAGACCCCCUUCACAGACUUCUACAUCUGCCCUCAACACAGGCCCUUGGUGUUUGGGCUCAGCUGCAUGCUACAGGUACACACACACACACACACACACACACUGAAUAGCCUUUCCACUGAACUGAAUAGAUUGUCUAAUACUGCUGCUGCAGUACUUUUACACUACUAUUAAUAUUACUGUUAAGCCAUAAGGCUAGUAUAGUAAGUACUAUUAAUAUUACUGUUAUGCCAUGAGGCUAGUAUAGUAAGUACUAUUACACUACUAUUAAUAUUACUGUUAUGCCAUGAGGCUAGUAUAGUAAGUUCUUUUACACUACUAUUAAUAUUCCUGUUAAGCCAUAAGGCUAGUAUAGUAAGUACUAUUACACUACUAUUAAUAUUACUGUUAUGCCAUGAGGCUAGUAUAGUAAGUACUAUUACACUACUAUUAAUAUUACUGUUAUGCCAUGAGGCUAGUAUAGUAAGUACUAUUACACUACUAUUAAUAUUACUGUUAUGCCAUGAGGCUAGUAUAGUAAGUUCUUUUACACUACUAUUAAUAUUACUGUUAUGCCAUGAGGCUAGUAUAGUAAGUUCUUUUACACUACUAUUAAUAUUACUGUUAUGCCAUGAGGCUAGUAUAGUAAGUACAUGGCUAUGUUGGUAAACUAGCUCUGGUUACAUCAUCAGUGUUGGUAUUGUUCCUGAUUUAAAAAUCUAUUGUAGACUUCAUUUUUCCUGAUUUCCAAUAUUGUCAAUCGCAUCCCUAAAUUCUUCUUCUCCUGGUCUUGGUUUUGUCAGAGUAUCGUGCUGUGCUGUCCCAGUGCCCUGGUGUGGCACUACUCUCUGACAGACAGCCGUAACAAGACGGGUUCCCCGCUGGACCUACUGCCCAUAUCCCCCUCCAACCUGCCCAUGCCAGGGGGCAACAGCACCUUUACACAGCAGGUAAGGCCCAGAGUCUGGUUCCUGUCAAGGUUUCUUCCCACCUAGGGAGAUAUUCCAUGCCACUGUACCUUUGGCAUUGAGUUUAUAUUGUUUAGUGUUUGAAUUAUGACUAAUGCAUUUGUGGUUUGGAUUACGACUAAUGCAUUUGUGGUUUGGAUUACGACUAAUGCAUUUGGGGUUUGGAUUACAACUAAUGCAUUUGGGGUUUGGAUUACGACUAAUGCAUUUGUCAGUUGGUUGAUUGAAUGCCCUCCACACGCUGAGAGGUUGACAUCAAUGCAUGGCUAUUGACUUUGUCUUCUCAGUCGUCCCGUCUGCUUAUCUCAGUCUUAUCUGUGCUUUUCCCUCAGGUCCGUGCAAAGGUCAGAGAAAUAGAGGAGCAGGUCAAGGACAGAGGGCAGGCUGUGGAGUUCCGCUGGUCCUUUGAUAAAUGUCAGGAGACAACUGCUGGUAAGGAAACUGCUCCUUCAUGAUUAGAUCAUAGACACCUAUAAAAUGACAUAACAUUGCAUCCAGACAAUGACUCUAUGGGCCGGUUUCCCAGACAAAGAGUAAGACUAGUCCUGGACCAAUGAUCUAUUUCGACAGAGAUUCUCCACUGAGCAUGUUUUAUAGUCCAGCACUAGGCUUAAUCUUUGUCCUGGAAACCGGCCCUAGGUGUAUAAGGAAAAGGGAAAUUAGGUACAUUUUGUGUAUUACUUUGAUUUACUUGUUUUCGCCAGGCUUCACCAUUGGAAGGGUCCUACACACCCUGGAGGUUCUAGACAACCACAGCUUUGAGAAGUCAGACUUCAGCAACUCCCUGGAUUCCCUUUACAACCGCAUCUUCGGUUCGGGCCAGAGCAAAGACGGCCACGAGGUAAAGAUGUUUUCUCUUACAUGACAACUUUUGCAUAUGUCAAGUCUGAAGACUUUAAAGGCCCAGUGCAGUUAAAAAUGUGUGUGUUUUUUCCCCCCGUGUUUUUAUAUACAGUGCAUUCGGAAAGUAUUCAGACCCCUUGACUUUUUCCACAUUUUGUUACGUUACAGCCUUAUUCUAAAAUUGAUUAAAUAAUUUUUUUCCCUCAUCAAUCUACAUACAAUACCCCAUAACGACAAACAAAACAAAACAAACAUAAAUACCUUUAAUUAUGUAAGUAUUCAGACCCUUUGCUAUGAGACUUGAAAUUCAGCUCAGUUGCAUCCUGUUUCCAUCGAUCAUCCUUUGUUGUUGUUUCUACAACUUGAUUGGAGUCCAAAUGGAAGAAGUUUGGAACCACCAAGACUUCCUAGAACUAGCCGCCCGGCCAAACUGAGCAAUCGGGGGAGGAGGGCCUUGGUCAGGGAGGUGACCAAGAACCCGAUGGUCACUCUGACAGCGCUCCACAGUUCCUCUGUGAAGAUGGGAGAACCUUCCAGAAGGACAACCAUCUCUGCAGCACUCCACCAAUCAGGCCUUUAUGGUAGAGUGGCCAGACGGAAGCCACUCCUCAGUAAAAGGCACAUGACAGCCCGCUUGGAGUUUGCCAAAAGGCACCUAAAGGACUCUCAGAUCAUGAGAAACAAGAUUCUCUGGUCUGAUGAAACCAAUAUUAAUCUAUUUGGCCUGAAUGCCUAGCGUCAUGUCUGGAGGAAACCUGGCACCAUCUCUACAGUGAAGCAUGGUGGUGGCAGCAUCAUGCUGUGGGGAUGUUUUUCAGCGGCAGGGACUGGGAGACUAGUCAGGAUCGAGGCAAAGAUGAACAGAGCAAAGUACAGAGAGAUCCUUGAUGAAAACCUGCUCCAGAGCGCUCAGGACCUCAGACUGGGGCGAAGGUUCACCUUCCAUCAGGAUAACGACCCUAAGCACACAGCCAAGACAACGGCUUCGGGACAAGUCUCUAAAUGUCCUUGAGUGGCCCAGCCAGAGCCCGGACUUGAACCCGAUCAAAAACAAUUGAAUCAAUUUUAGAAUAAGGCUGUGGAAAAAGUCAUGGGGUCUGAAUACUUUCCGAAGGCACUGUAUAUAUCCAUCCACAUUGAGGUUGGAAUAAUUCUGUGAAAAUUAUGAUAAUACCCUUUUAGUGUAAGAGCUGUUUGAAAAGACUGCCUGAAAUGUCAGCCUGUUUUGGUGGGAUGGAGUUUUGGCCACUCAUGGUGACAUCACAUUUAGUUAAUAGACCAAUAAGGAAAAAAGUUCCAAACCUCUGUCAGUAACAGCUAAUUUUCAGUUUUCCCCUCCCUACUCAGACCGCUCCCAGACAGUCUAGCGAAAUUUGUGUUUGAGAAAUGUCCCAUUGCUAUGAAGUUAUUUUUGUUUCUUUUUGACCAUUUAAAUUUGAAACAAUCACAGUAAGGUACUUAAUUGUUACCCAGAAAUGAUUUGAUAUUGUGAUAAAAAUGGCUGCAUUGGACCUUUUAAUGGUUUUCAAUCACAGAUGAAAAGGCAAAAUGUCAAGUGUGAGCAAGAGGCCAACUAACACCAUCUGGCCCUAAUCAUUACAGUAGAACACAUAGAAUUUCUUCUUCUGGAGACAAUUAACUGUAUUAUAUUCUAUUGUAUUCUUCUAGAAACACUACAUAGAUGGCCCCAGACACAGGCUUCCGUGCUGUAUGGUCUUCUCCCUGACAUGUUUCUCUCUGUGUAGAUGUCCCCUGAUGAUGACGCCGUGGUGACCCUGCUGUGUGAGUGGGCGGUGUGCUGCAAGAGGUCUGGCCGUCACAGAGCCAUGGUGGUGGCCAAGCUGCUGGAGAAGAGACAGGCGGAGAUCGAAGCCGAGGUGAGAGGGAGGGCCGCACACUUGCACAUACACAUUUCCGCAUCAUGACUACAGCACCGUGACUGCCCCACAGUGACACAUGGCCUUGAGUCACUCGGCCACGGCUGUUCCCGAGUAUUCUCAACGAUACUUCUUGCCUCAUGAAAACAGGUCUCUCUUGCAAAAGAGAUUUUAAUCUCGAGAUUUCACCUGUGUAAAUAAAGGAUGAAGAUGGCCACAGCCUUUAAUAACAAGAUUCUAAACUAUUUUAGAAGAUGUGAGGUAUAGGUUUUUGUAUUUCCUCAAGGCUAUUGUUGUUUGCAAUGCUGUCUCAAUCCAUUUAAUUAAAUUCUAUUCCCGGCAAACUUGUGUAUACAGUAGAUGUAAAACCGAAGAAACGAUUGCUCAAAUGUUAUACCAUUCUUAUCACAGGUGUAAGGUAUAUUUGCUCAAUGGCAGUGGUUCUCAGGCUAUGCAUGUGAUUGUCUGUGUUCAGAGGUGCGGCGAGUCGGAGGUGGUGGAUGAGAAAGGAUCGGUGUCAUCGGGCUCUCUCUCGGCGGCCACCCUGCCUGUGUUUCAGGAUGUGCUCCUACAGUUCCUGGACACCCAGGCCCCCAUGCUCAGUGAGUCUACCCUUCACUUCACUACUAGUCAAUUAUAUUCCCUUAUUUGGGUUGUCUGCGGCUAUGUCCCAAAUCCCACCCUAUUCCCUAUACUGUAAAGUGUCCACCCACUCUGCCCAGAUUUCGUAACCUAAUACAUCUGAAAAUAAGCAGUGAGCUCUAUUGACAGAGCGGUGCGCUUUCUCGCAGCGACUUUUGAGGAUUUUACAUGUUGUGGUGUUUGUCUGCAAAGUUGUUUCCGCCAGUCGCAAAAAGCCUAAUUAACAUGACACAAACUGAAUUAAAUGUAAAAGGCUUUGAAAAUAAAAAAGCAAGCGGUACGCUCAGUGCUCCGUUGACAUUACGCAAAUGUUUUUCAGAGAAAUCUUUGAAGUCAUUCAUAUGAAAAGCGUAUACUAGAAUAUGAAAUUCCUCUAUAUAAUUCCUCUAUAUUGUUUUAUGUCCUCCGGAUGGGAGAAGAAAGAUGAGUUCCACAGUAAGCCUGUUAGUUAGCCUCGAUCCUUCCACAGCAUCCAGCCCAGUUGACGCAAUGUUGUUUUCCUGAUUUAUGACCACUUUAUUUUCUCUUGCCUCCAUUUGAUUUUGUCACCCUAAUUCUGAACAUUUUACAAGGGUAAAAACUCAAAUAACUUUUGAACGGAUUAUGAUAGAGACAUGAGGUUUGGACCAUUGGUUUUCUUAGAGGAGUAUCCACACAAUUAACACCUUAUAAAUGUGCUACUUUUGACCAGGGCCAAUAGGGCACUUGACCACAGCUCUAUGGGUCCUGGUCAAAAGUUGUGCACUAUAUAGGGAAUAUUGGGUGCCAUUUAUGAGCUAGCUAGGCUCUCUGCAUCUCUUGGUAUUGUUCCUGAUUCCAGCGCUCUUUUGGAUUUAGUCUGCCAAGCGGUUGAGUUGUUAUGCACUGCUAUGUGUUUGGGACUUGAGCCGUGCUGUACUGCGCGGGCCUUGUUACACAUCCACCAUAGUGCUGAAAAGGACAACAAAAACAUCCACAACAGCACAGUAUGGUUCAGGUCGGCACCGUAGUCGCAAAAGGGUAUUGGUUUUCUAGAAAUCCAUGUUGGAAGAUUCUUGGACCCUGGAUAGAAUAAGCAGAAAAUCCAGGAAUUCUCCACCGGUAGUUUUUUAAAAGUUAACCAAAUUUUGCAACAUUAGUGUUGGGUUAGAAUGGCACACAGGGUCAUGUGUGGCUCAGUUAUCAGAGCAUGGCGCUUGCAAUGUCAGGAUGAUGCGUUCGAUUCCCGCUUUGGCCACCCAAUACGAAAAUGUAUGCGUGCACUACUGUUAGUCGCUUUGGAUAAACGUGUCUGCUAAAUUUCAUAUUAUAUUAUAAAGGUUAGGAACGGUCUCUUACUGCUGCUAAUGCUGGAGUGUAUAGUGACAAACUAUCCCCUUCUGUCCCUCCUUCUCAGCGGAGGCGGGCAACGAGAGCGAGCGUGUGGAGUUCUCUAACCUGGUGCUGCUUUUCUGCGAGCUCAUCCGACACGAUGUCUUCUCUCACAACAUCUACAUGUGCACGCUCAUCUCCCGCGGUGACCUGGCCUCUGACUCCCACCUGCCCCGCCCCCGUUCCCCUAGUGAUGAGCCUUUGGACGAAUCGGAGCGCAAGGAGCAGGAGGCAGGCAGCAGCGUCAAGAACGAGGCAUGAUAUGUGUUGGCAGCUGUUUUUAGUGUGCAUGAUGAAUCAUCGGUAGUUACUCACUGCUUUUGAAUUGAUUUGGGACUGAAACAUGUAUUUUCUUUUCUUUAUACAGGACACUGGUCUCUCCGAGUCAAUGGAGAUCGAUCACAACUCGAGCGCUAAUUUCGAUGAGGUAAGUGUAUAUGCAUCAUGUCUUGGAUCAUACCAGUAGAAAUGGGCAGCUAGUGUGUACAAGUGAAUAUUCUCCCUGGCACAACUAAACUCAGCAAAAAAAAGAAACGUCCUCUCACUGUCAACUGCGUUUAUUUUCAGCAAGCUUAACAUGUGUAAAUAUUUGUAUGAACAUAAGAUUCAGCAACUGAGACAUAACCUGAACAGGUUCCAUAGACAUGUGACUAACAGAAAUUGAAUAAUGUGUCCCUGAACAAAGGGGGGGGGGGGGGGCAAAAUCAAAAGUAAGUCAGUAUCUGGUGUGGCCACCAGCUGCAUUAAGUACUGCAGUGCAUCUCCUCCUCAGGGACUGCACCAGAUUUGCCAGUUCUUGCUGUGAGAUGUUACCCCACUCUUCCAUCAAGGCACCUGCAAGUUCCUAGACAUUUCUGGGGGAAUGGCCCUAGCCCUCACCCUCCGAUCCAACAGGUCCCAGACGUGCUCAAUGGGAUUGAGAUCUGGGCUCUUCGCUGGCCAUGGCAGAACACUGUCAUUCCUGUCUUGCAGGAAAUCACGCACCCAACGAGCAGUAUGGCUGGUGGCAUUGUCAGGCUGGAGGGUCAUGUCAGGAUGAGCCUGCAGGAAGGGUACCACAUGAGGGAGGAGGAUGUCUUCCCUUUAACGCACAGCGUUGAGAUUGCCUGCAAUGACAACAUGCUCAAUCCGAUGAUGCUGUGACACACCGCCCCAGACCAUGACGGACCCUCCACCUCCAAAUCGAUCCCGCUCCAGAGUACAGGCCUCGGUGUAACGCUCAUUCCUUCGGCGAUAAACACGAAUCCGACCAUCACCCCUGGUGAGACAAAACCGUGACUCGUCAUUGAAGAGCACUUUUUGCCAGUCCUGUCUGGUCCAGCGACGGUGGGUUUGUGCCCAUAGGCGACGUUGUUGCCGGUUGUGGUGAGGACCUGCCUUACAACAGGCCUACAAGCCCUCAGUCCAGCCUCUCUCAGCCUAUUGCGGACAGUCUGAGCAUUUACAUUUUUAGUCAUUUAGCAUACGCUCUUAUCCAGAGCGACUUACAGUUAGUGAGUGCAUACAUUAUUUUUUAUUUUUUUCAUACCGGCCCCCCGUGGGAAUCGAACCCACAACCCUGGCGAUGCAAACGCCAUGCUCUACCAACUGAGCUACAUCCCUGCCGGCCAUUCCCUCCCCUACCCUGGACGACGCUGGGCCAAUUGUGCGCCGCCCCAUGGGUCUCCCAGUCACGGCCGGCUACGACAGAGCCUGGAUUCGAACCAGGAUCUCUAGUGGCACAGCUAGCACUGCGAUGCAGUGCCUUAGACCACUGCGCCACUCGGGAGGACUGAUGGAUGGAUUGUGCGUUCCUGGUGUAACUCGGGCAGUUGUUGUUGCCAUCCUGUACCUGUGAUGUUCGGAUGUACCAAUCCUGUGCAGGUGUAGUUACACGUGGUCUGCCACUGCGAGGAUGAUCCGCUGUCCGUCCUGUCUCCCUGUAGCGCUGUCUUAGGCGUCUCACAGUAUGGACAUUGCAAUUUAUUGCACUGGCCACAUCUGCAGUCCUCAUGCCUCCUUGCAGCAUGCCUAAGGCACGUUCACGCAGGGACCCUGGGCAUCUUUCUUUUGGUGUUUUUCAGAGUCAGUAGAAAGGCCUCUUUAGUGUCCUAAGUUUUCAUAACUGUGACCUUAAUUGCCUACCGUCUGUAAGCUGUUAGUGUCUUAACGACCGUUCCACAGGUGCAUGUUCAUUAAUUGUUUAUGGUUCAUUGAACAUGAGUAAUUGUUUAUGGUUCAUUGAACAAGCAUGGGAAACAGUGUUUAAACCCUUUACAAUGAAGAUCUGUGAAGUUAUUUGGAUUUUUACUAAUGAUCUUUGAAAGACAGGGUUCUGAAAAAGGGACUUAUCUUUUUUUGCUGAGUUUAUAUAGUAUUCAUACCUGUGCUCCAUCAGACUGUCCCAUUGACCUCUGGAUAACCUUUCCAUGUUGUGUGCAGCCCUGUUAAUUUGAGCUGUCUCUUGUUUUGUAGAUGUUUUCUCCCCCAAUGCACUGUGAGUCGAAGGGCAGCCCCUCCCCCGAGAAGCCUGCCCCGGAACAGGAAGGGAAGGGCGCCUGCAAAGACAAGGCCCUGGAUCCUGUCUUCCCAUUGGUGUACGAGCAGCCCCGCCACAUCCAAUACGCUACCCACUUCCCCAUCCCCCAGGUAAGCAGCCCUGAGAGAGGCUUUGGCUAGCUCAGCUCUAACACACACAUGGAAUUCAAACUGGGUCAUCAGUGCAAAUGUAGACCAUGAUAGCCCUCUGAGGAGAAGUCCAGGCUCUGGGAGCUUUAUAGUUUCACCCCAGCAAAGCUUAAUGAACUACCUCUGCUACAUUGGCACAUGUUGUUGGUCUAACUCAAGGCCAUGUUAGCCCUUCAAGCUAAAGCCUUUACUUGCAUUAACUCUGGGAGCUAACACACGUUUUCAGGUUUCUGGCGUUGCUUUGUACCCAACCUCCACUACAUAGCCUAUGCACAAAUUGACUCACUCCUUGACACAGUUAGCCCUCUAAACUAAAGCCUAGGCAUUAGCUAUAAGUGCCAACAUAAGUCUUCAGAUCUCAGGCUAUGUGAAAUGCCACUACAUAAUGCACAGUGCAUGCAUUAACUGACGUUGUCGUCGUCCCCAGGAGGAGAGUGCCAGUCAUGAGUGCAACCAGCGCCUGGUGGUGCUCUACGGCGUGGGCAAGCAGCGAGAUGAAGCGAGGCACGCCAUCAAGAAAAUCACGAAAGACAUCUUGAAGGUGCUCAACCGCAAAAGCACAGCAGAGACAGGUAAGAAUAGUACUGCUUCCAUUUCUUAUUUGACACUGGUUUUUAAUGACCUUAUCUAUGGGCCUUCUGUUUUCCCUGGAGCAAUAUGGCCUGUUUGUGUUUUUAUCUGCCGUUGCUUUUACAAUUUUUCUCGUAGAGAGAUAAGAAAUACUGGGAACUCGAGACUUUGACAUGAAUUUGAGUGCAAGUCGUGAUGUCAACCGUAGAUUUAUUGAGCAAGGUUGUAUAUUCCCACAACUCUCAGCAGAUGUGUCCCGUCUAUCACAUCACAGAUAAUGUUUGAGCAGAUUGCGGUGAGACGUUAUUUUGUUAACAUUGUUUUUGAUGGAUGAUGUGCCUGUUUUCUGCGUCACAAAUGGCACCCUAUUCCGUAUAUAGUCCGGUACUUAAAGUAGUGCACUAUGUAGGGAAUAGGGUACCAUUUGAGAGAGACAGUCUGCUGUUACAUCUGCCCCUAUCUGAUCCCCUCAACGUUUCCCAAGUUGAAAACUGUCCUCAGAAACCUUAAUAUCUUUUCUCCAACACUCUUUCCCCUCUGUUCUUCAUUAUAGAACACAGGAUUUUGACUUUUUGACUAUUGACUCCAGGGCUAGCAUCCUAUAUUCAAUAUUAAUUUCCUUCCUGUCCAAUUUCUAUGCUAAUAGCUGUGAUUUGCUGCCACGUGACGUUAACAAGGGUGAUUUGAAAAGUUAUAAUUAUGCAGGCUAAAGUGCUUUUUUCUUAUGUCAUUUAUCUUCAGCCAUAUUCCUGCUUAGGAGUUGAGCGGAUGGCCUUCUUGUUACAAGCCCGUUUCCCUUGUGCUUUGCAUAACCUUCUCUUUUCCUUUUGAUAUUUUAAGCUAUUUCAGCGCUGUCAUUAUAAUGUGAACUUCGAAAGUGAAGGGCCUUGAGAAUGUGAUUAUAAUGCUUACUCCCGAAAUGGCACCCUAGUCCCUAUAUACAGGGCACCACUUUUGACCUGUAGUAUUCAGACCCUUUGCUAUGAGAUUCAAAUUGAGCUCAAGUGCAUCCUGUUUCUGUUGAUCAUCCUUGAUGUUUCUACAACUUGAUUGGAGUCCACCUGUGGUAAAUUCAAUUGAUUGAACAUGAUUUGGAAAGGCACACACCUGUCUUAUGUAAGGUCCCACAGUUGACAGUGCAUGUCAGAGCAAAAACCUAGCCAUGAGGUCGAAGGAAUUGUCCUUGGGGUUCCAAGACAGGAUUGUGAGGCACAGAUCUGGGGAAGGGUACCCCAGCAUUAAUGGUCCCCAAGAACACAGUGGCCUUCAUCAUUCUUAAAUGGAAGAAGUUUGGAACCGCCAAGACUCUUUCUAGAGCUGGCCGCCUAGCCAAACUGCGCAAUCGGGGGAGAAGGGCCUUGGUCAGGGAGAUGACCAAGAACCCGAUGGUCACUCUGACAGAGCUCAAGAGUUCCUCUGUGGAGAUGGGAGAACCUUCCAGAAGAACAACCAUCUCUGCAGCACUCCACCAAUCAGGCCUUUAUGGUAGAGUGGCCAGACGGAAGCCACUCCUCAGUAAAAGGCACAUGACAGCCCGCUUGGAGUUUGCCAAAAGGCACCUAAAGACUCUCAGACCAUGAGAAACAAGAUUCUCUGGUCUGAUGAAACCAAGAUUGAACUCUUUAGCCUGAAUGCCAAGCGUCACGUCUGGAGGAAACCUGGCACCAUCCCUACAGUGAAGAAUGCUGGUGGCAGCAUCAUGCUGUGGGGAUGUUUUUCAGUGGCAGGGACUAGGAGACUAGUCAGGAUCGAGGGGAAGAUGAAUGGAGCAAAGUACAGAGAGAUCUUUGAUGAAAACCUGCUCAGGACCUCAGACUGGGUGAAGGUUCACCUUCCAACAAGACAAUGACCCUUAGCACACAGCCAAGACAACGCAGGAGUGGCUUCGGGACAAGUCUCUGAAUGUCCUUGAGUGGCCCAGCCGGAGCCCGGACUUGAACCGGAUAGACCUGAAAAUAGCUGUGUGGCGAUGCUCCCCAUCCAACCUGACAGAGCUUGAGAUAUGCAUAUGUGGGUCACAGAUACCUUUAAAAAAAUGGGACCUCACAAUAAGCCUCAGGAUCUCGUCACUGUAUUUUUGUGUAUUCAAAUUGCUAUUUAUCAAAUUCAAUUGUGUUCGUUAUCCUUGGCUUAUGCCUGCCCAUACCAUAACUCCAUUGCCACCAUGGGGCGCUCUGUUCACAACGUUGACAUCAGCAAACCGCUCGCCUACAUGACGCCAUACACGUGGUCUGCGGUCGUGAGGUCUGUUGGAUGUACUGCCAAAUUCUCUCAAAUAACGUUGGAGGCGGCUUAUGGUAGAGAAAUGAACAUUCAGUUCUCUGGCAACAGCUCUGGUGGACAUUCCUGCAGUCAGCAUGCCAAUUGCAUGCUCCCUCAACUUGAAGUCUGUGGCAUUGUGUUGUGUGACAAAAAUGCACAUUUUAGUGGCCUUUUAUUAUGCCCCAGCACAAAGGACAAAUGCUCACUAACUGGGAUGUAAACAAAUUUGUGCACACAAAAAAGCUCAUGAAACACUUGACAUGUUGCGUUUUAAAUUUUUGUUCAGUGUAAUAGUGGACUUUCUUUGUCUCUUCUCUCUCAGGAGGAGAGGGACAGAAGAGGAAGAGGUCUAAGCCGGAGGCCUUCCCCACAGCAGAGGACAUCUUCUCCAAAUUCCAGCACCUCUCCCAUUUUGACCAGCACCAGGUCACCUCUCAGGUGAGAUCCCAGCCCCCCCCCCCACCCCCUCAUAGCAGUCCAGUCAUCGUUUUAAGUGUGCUUCAAAACUUGCUAAUGGUAUCCUCUCAAGUUAUUCAGUAAAAAUCGAUACUUAAUGAUAUAUCCACCAUGCUUCCAAGGUAUGUACAGUUAAAUGAUUCUCAUAAAACAAUGUCUUUAACGGUAAACUUAUAUUUUCAAUUACUUUUAUUUCAAUACUAGUGUACAAUGUUAUGGAUAUUCAGUUAUGUUUUUACAGUAGGCCUCUGUAGUAGUGAUGGGAAGUUUGGCUAUUUUUACUGACAGAUCUUUUCGACUCGUUCAGUCAAAAGAACCAAUCUUUUGACUAAUUUCGUUAAUUUGAGUAAGUAAUGCGACGCUCACAGGACCCCCUACCGCGAACAAAGGAACUGAAAACUCGAAAGAGUCAUGAUCAGGGUUGGAUAUUAACACACGCCAAAUGCGGGUCGAUUUUGUCAUUGGCGGGUAAGAAUUUAUAUUUUACCAGCCACGUUGGCGGGUGAUUGUGCUUGAUUGAGCAUGGAUCACUGCCAAAAACAUUUAUUCAUGAACUUUUAGUCAUUGUUCUCCUAGAGUGUGUGUGUGUGUGUGUGUGUGUGUGUGUGUGUGUGUGUAUAUAUAUAUAUACUACUCAAAAAAAUAAAGGGAACACUUAAACAACACAAUGUAACUCCAAGUCAAUCACACUUCUGUGAAAUCAAACUGUCCACUUAGGAAGCAACACUGAUUGUCAAUAAAUGUCACAUGCUGUUGUGCAAAUGGAAUAGACAACAGGUGGAAAUUAUAGGCAAUUAGCAAGAUACCCCCAAUAAAGGAGUGGUUCUGCAGGUGGUGACCACAGACCACUUCUCAGUUCCUAUGCUUCCUGGCUGAUGUUUUGGUCACUUUUGAAUGCUGGCGGUGCUUUCACUCUAGUGGUAGCAUGAGACGGAGUCUACAACCCACACAAGUGGCUCAGGUAGUGCAGCUCAUCCAGGAUGGCACAUCAAUGCAAGCUGUGACAAGAAGGUUUGCUGUGUCUGUCAGCGUAGUGUCCAGAGCAUGGAGGCGCUAACAGGAGACAGGCCGGUACAUCAGGAGACGUGGAGGAGGCCGUAGGAGGGCAACAACCCAGCAGCAGGACCGCUACCUCCGCCUUUGUGCAAGGAGGAGCAGGAGGAGCACUGCCAGAGCCCUGCAAAAUGACCUCCAGCAGGCCACAAAUGUGCAUGUGUCUGCUCAAACGGUCAGAAAUAGACUCCAUGAGGGUGGUAUGAGGGCCCGACGUCCACAGGUGGGAAUUGAGCUUACAGCCCAACACCGUGCAGGACGUUUGGCAUUUGCCAGAGAACACCAAGAUUGGCAAAUUCGCCACUGGCGCCCUGUGCUCUUCACAGAUGAAAGCAGGUUCACACUGAGCACAUGUGACAGACGUGACAGAGUCUGGAGACGCCGUGGAGAACGUUCUGCUGCCUGCAACAUCCUCCAGCAUGACCGGUUUGGCGGUGGGUCAGUCAUGGUGUGGGGUGGCAUUUCUUUGGGGGGCCGCACAGCCCUCCAUGUGCUCACCAGAGGUAGCCUGACUGCCAUUAGGUACCGAGAUGAGAUCCUCAGACCCCUUGAGACCAUAUGCUGGUGCGGUUGGCCCUGGGUUCCUCCUAAUGCAAGACAAUGCUAGACCUCAUGUGGCUGGAGUGUGUCAGCAGUUCCUGCAAGAGGAAGGCAUUGAUGCUAUGGACUGGCCCGCCCGUUCCCCAGACCUGAAUCCAAUUGAGCACAUCUGGGACAUCAUGUCUUGCUCCAUCCACCAACGCCACGUUGCACCACAGACUGUCCAGGAGUUGGCGGAUGCUUUAGUCCAGGUCUGGGAGGAGAUCCCUCAGGAGACCAUCCGCCACCUCAUCAGGAGCAUGCCCAGGCGUUGUAGGGAGGUCAUACAGGCACGUGGAGGCCACACACACUACUGAGCCUCAUUUUGACUUGUUUUAAGGACAUUACAUCAAAGUUGGAUCAGCCUGUAGUGUGGUUUUCCACUUUAAUUUUGAGGGUGACUCCAAAUCCAGACCUCCAUGGGUUGAUACAUUUGAUUUCCAUUGAUAAUUUUUGUGUGAUUUUGUUGUCAGCACAUUCAACUAUGUAAAGAAACAAGUAUUUAAUAAGAUUAUUUAAUUCAUUCAGAUCUAGGAUGUGUUAUUUUAGUGUUCCCUUAAUUUUUUUGAGCAAUAUAUAUAUAUAUAUUUUACCUACAUGUACAAAUUUACCUCGACUAACCUGUACCCCCGCACAUUGACUGGGUACCGGUAUCUCCUGUGUAUAUAUAGCCUCGUUAUUGUUAUUUUUUAUUUUAUUUUUUACUUUAGUUAUUUAGUAAAUAUUUUCUUAACUCUAUUUCUUGAACUGCAUUGUUGGUUAAGGGCUUGUAAGUAAGCAUUUCACUGUAAGGUCGACACCUGUUUGUAUUUGGCGCAUGUGACAAAUAAAAUGUGAUUUUAUUUAUUUGUUUGCUUCUACAUUUCUACUUAGGAGCACAUCAUGUAUCAUCAUGUAUAAUUAAUGUCAGCGUAGAGCCCUGAACUAUAAUAAUAAAUAAGCUGUAUCACUCAGUUUGUUUGUGGCAGGGUAAGCACUUUGUUAAUUCUUGAUGUUCAGUUUUAAAACUGUAUCUGUUUUUAUUAUUGUAUCUAAAUUAUUUAUUUUAACAUACAUUGGUUAAAAGACGCAGGUCACAAAAAUGAAUUGAAAUUAAGCAAUAUACCCUAUUGCUACUUACUAGUAAUACAUUUCUUGUUUUUGAAACAUUAGAAAGCAUGCUAAUCUGUUUUAUUUGUCUAAUUAUGUAGAUAAAAAAUAUUUGGGCUUGUAAAAAAUCUGAGUGGCUGGUAGAUUUUUUAAAUCUACCUGCAACAUUGGCUGGUGGACCAAAAAGUAAAUUUCCCACCCUUGUCAUGAUUCUACGAGCAUGUUGUUCACUGUAGGGGGCUUAUUGGAGCUGUCAUUUUGUGGCUGAGACUUGUGCUUUAAACUAUGUAUAUUUGUUGAUUGCUAGGCAUACAAAUACGAUUAUUUCUUGAUACAUUUGAAACGAGGACUUGUUGUGGCCGCAACCAGACUAGAUUGUGAACGACUCUUGGCGGAAUGCAUUGACUGCUUUCAGGGUAAUAAGUAGCCUGACCACUCACGUUCAAUUAUUCCGUUGCUCUGUUGUUCACUACAUAUUGUACAUACUUCCCAUUGCGGAGAAGAAACUAAUAUGCGUGGCGUAGCGUUUGACCAGAGCAAGGAGUCUGGGUAGCCAGGCUAGGUAAUAAGCACAGUCGUUUGCGAACUGCAGCCCCCCAAACGAUUUGUUCUCGCGUUUGAAUUUGUUGAGCAGAGGCUGUGUAUGUUUUGGUUCUUCAAAGCUGUGUCCAUCAUAACAUUCAUUCAAUAAUCAAUUAUUCGUAGUCAUGCGAUUAAUUAUCAGUUCUAAACAGUGGCCUGUAUUUACAUUUAUUCAUGGGUGCAAAGGGCAGCCAGGCUUCCCCAAUUUUUUUCUCUCUGUGUUUCAUAAUUUUCCUUCAAUUUGCAAGAGGCUGAAUGUAUCUCACAGGAGAAAGCAUCCGAGCGAGUGAAACAGCGCCCCUCUGUCUCUCUACGUGUAGGCCAUGUAUCUGAUGCGGUCUGGUCCAAACGAGUAUGACAUUGUUACCGCCCGUAGCAUUGAAGGCAAGGGAAGCCAGUGAGCAUCUGGUCUCCCUUGACAAAAAAAGUAUACAAAAUUAGCCAAUCAGUGUUGCGCUAAACUGAGCGAGCUCAACUGUGAAUGGUCCUGGCACACCAAAAAAAACUGUCAAGGGGAAGCCAGCUUGGAUUUUGGCAUCACUCCUAUCAUAUCCAAUUGAGAGCAUACGUCAUUAACAGAAAAACUUGAAUUGUUGCAUCUCGUUGUGUUGUCCUCCGGUGGCCACAUUAUAUUUAGCUUACAUUGAUUGGACUAAAUUGUUUUUGGUAUCUUUUAGUUGUCACUGUAUUAGACUAAACAGAUUUGAUGAUGUUGAAAUGGUGCUGGAAUAGUGGAGGCAGCUCCUGUUUUCUUUGCGACUUGCGGUAACUUUCUGUGGUUCUAAAUCAAUAGUUGUUUAGUGGUCCGAAAAUGUCGGAAACAUUAACUUGCUUGACCAUGCUGUAGGUCAUGUUACUGUACAUGCAAUAUGCUUUGUGGACUUCACUGAACAUAGGUUGCUAACAGGUGUUGUGAUAAAACAAAGGUGUGGUUGAAUUUAUUCUGCCACUGUGUCUUCUUAUUGUCUUGGCCUUUAGGCCUAUAUAUCACAGUCGCAAGGCAUGUGAGUUUACAGGAUUUAUAGAACAAACAACGCAAUUAUCACAACACUGGUUGUAAUAUGGCUUUUCUUUUGGGGGGGGCUUGGCUUCCCCAGUGAUUUUACCCAUGCACCGCUACUUUCUAAACAUAUAUUUUUCUUCUCUAUGCUCAUGAGCUAUUGUCCUGCGCGCAUAUGACCGACAGUUGGUGGCCGGAACACGUCUCUGGAGCCCCUGAGCCGGAGGAGCAUGUGUUAAUCCUGCUGCAGGUCAAAUGAACGAGUCACUCAGUAAAAAGAGUCAUUCCAAAAGAACGAGUUGUUAGCGAACUGCACAUCACUAUUGUCUAGAGGUAAUAACCCUGUUGCCGUUCUUUCUGACUAGGUGUCCAGGAAUGUUCUGGAACAGAUCACCAGCUUUGCCUUAGGGAUGUCCUAUCACCUGCCCCUGGUCCAGCACAUCCAGUUCAUCUUUGACCUCAUGGAGUACUCCCUCAACAUUAGUGGCCUCAUCGACUUUGCCAUUCAGGUACAGCUUUAUCUCUAAUGUCAAGGCAUUUAAUCACAGCAUUUAAUUCCACUUCUCAUAGUUACAGUCAUAUUUCCUUUAAUGUGUACUUGAUGCCUGAGUCUGUUUCUCUCUCACCAGUUUCUGUUAGUGGUUGUUUAUGCUGUUCUCCCCUUGAUGCUUUAGUAUCAUUUGUAUGAAUAAUCUUUCUAUAACUAACCUUCUCUCUCUUCCCUGUGUGUGUAUCUAGCUGCUGAACGAGCUGAGCCUGGUGGAGGCAGAGCUGCUGCUGAAGUCGUCCAGCCUGGUGGGCAGCUACACCACAGGUCUGUGUCUGUGCAUCGUGGCCGUGCUGAGGAGGUACCACUCCUGCCUCAUCCUCAACCCCGAGCAGACGGCGCAGGUCUUUGACGGGUAAGUCUUACAAGCUUAACCCUUAGGCUUUGGCCAGACUGACCCGUGGAGAACGGACACCAAAUAAGAACGGAUUAAUUUUGGUCUGUGCGUGCUCCUCUUUUUCUAAUUGGCUAAUGUAUCCGUUGGCCUGUCAAAAGUUCAACUCAUCUGAACUUUUUGUCCAUUGACCGACAACGUGUGACUCCCAUUGAGAAAGCAUUGGAAAUCACGGAUAUGGAUCAAAACUACGGGCCCGUUUGGCCGCGCCCUUAACCAUGCACCUCUAUAGCCUGGGUGAUAAUGUUAUCCAAGCCUUAGCCAUUCACAUCAAUAGCCUGGGGGCGCCAUUCAAUAACAUAGCGUUAUUGGAUGCAGAAACAGUAAGGUACCUAAGCUAUUCACUGCCAAUAAACCUGCCUCUGCUUUUUUACAGAACACUUUUGGGACUAUUCCAUUGGUACCCUUGUAUCCUGCACUCAAUUCAGCCUGUCUUCUAUAACUAAUUUAGUACAGAAAGCUUUCUGUUCUUUGUUGUUUUGCAUUAACGUGUUUUAAUACUAUUCAUUGACCAGAUUGCGCAUCGUGGUGAAGUCAGGGGUGAACCCAGCCGACUGCUCCUCAGCGGAGCGCUGCAUCCUGGCCUACCUGUACGACCUCUAUACUUCCUGCUGUCACCUCAAGAGCAAGUUUGGCGAGAUCUUCAGGUAAAACAUCAACAUGGACCACCAACUGUUCGAUGCAGUUUUAUUUUAUUCUGAUAAUUUUUAGGGGGCGAAGGCGUUUUAAAUGCUAAUAUUGUGUUGAAACAAAAAUAUUUGUCCCCCCAUGGUAGCCAUAUAAUGAUUGGAGAACCAAUCGGUAUCCUUUCUCUCCCCCUCUUGUCCAGUGAGUUCUGCUCCAAGGUGAAGAACUCCAUCUACUGUAACAUUGACCCGUCUGACUCCAACAUGCUGUGGGACCCCGUGUUCAUGAUGGAGGCCAUCGCCAACCCGUCGGCCCACAACUUCAACCACAGCAUGGUGGGUAAGAUCCUCAACGACAGCCCCGCCAACCGCUACAGCUUCGUCUGCAACGUGCUCAUGGACGUGUGCGUGGACCACCGGGACCCCGAGAGGCAAGCACUGUUUUUCUAUAAAACCGUUAUCAAUAAUUGAUUGUUGAUACAUCCAGAUGCAUUGAAACAGUACAGGAUUCUUGACUUAGUAACUGUCAACUCACCAGGUAUACGUGUCUUACAUGAAUUCUGUAGUAAGGUGUUUUAUGCGUUUAAUACCCAUCUCUGUGUGUGUAUCCCUGCAGAGUGAAUGACAUUGGGAUCCUAUGUGCGGAGCUGACUGCCUACUGUCGCUCUCUGAGUGCUGAGUGGCUGGGCGUCCUCAAAGCCCUCUGCUGCUCCUCCAACAACGGCAACUGUGGCUUCAACGACCUCCUGUGCAACGUGGAUGUGAGUGUGUUCACAUGUGCGGCACACACACACACACACACACACACACACACACACACACACACACCUUGCAAUAGCCUUGCACAUCUUUCUCUCUACACCAGUGAAAAUGCAUUGCUCACUCAGGCUCUGAGAGGCACGGGUUAGAGGGGAACACUGACAGUUACAUUCCAGCAUGUCUUUCUCUCUACACCACUACGCAUUGAAAUAAUUAGCAGCUCACAUCAAAUUUGAACAUCUCUCUAUUCUCUUCUCUCUCCUGUCUCAGGUCAGCGAUCUCUCCUUCCAUGACUCCCUGGCCACCUUCGUAGCCAUCCUCAUCGCCCGCCAGUGUCUUCUCCUGGAGGACCUGGUCCGCUGCGUAGCCAUCCCCUCCCUCCUCAACGCUGGUAAGAGCUCCUCUCUCAGCCCCAGACCCAUAACCAGGGUCCUGUUCAUUAGGUACCAAACGGAAGAAAAACGAACUGAAACAUGGAGGGACUACCUGGACUUGUCCAAUAAGAAACUUAUAUUUUCACUUUUUAUUGGAAAACGUUUUCCAUCGCAUACCCUAAUGAACACCACCCAGACUUUAACUCACAGAUUCUCAGGUCCCAGUCUCUCCACAGGAUCUAUAUUUAAUGCAGCCUAGCUACCCAGCCAACAGGUCCUGUUAGAAAUGAGUGAACGGUACACCGAGGCCUGCCGUGCCUGCCUGCUUCUCCAAGUUCUGAAGGAACUCCCUGCCCCAUAAUGCAUUACUUACUUCUGUCUGUCUGAGAGGGAGGUAAACGCCACAGUGUGUUUGAUCCCCCUCUGCUGUGUGUGUGCGCUCGCAUGCGCGCUAUGGCCAGUCAAGGCUGCCCCUCGCUCAAGGACAAGGCCCUAUUCAGCCUGUUUUCUAAGUCCCCUGUGGAUGUUAGGUACCACGUGUGCUGCCAGACCCCCCUCCCCUUCUCCUCUUUCUCAGCCAGCAGUUCAGCUAUGUGUCAAAUUCUUGUUUGCCUACACUCCUUCGCAGCCCGGCUCUGAAAAUGGCACUUAGUAUUUGGUACUCCUUGAAAGUCAAUUUAGGACACAUUCCAAUUUCUUCAAGCGCUUCUGUUCUCUGUAGUUUGCUGUUUUAUUCAUUUGCCAUGUCAUCAUGACAACUUGAAGCUCAAGGCAGUUAGUGUAAAGUCUACACUUUUUUUGUCAUACUGGCCAUUCAUUAUGUAUUAGAUUUUAGUUUAAAUUUGAAAAAUGUGACUUAGCUAAAGCAGCUGUAAUCCCCUUCAGAUUCAGUGUUGAGGUUGAAUGUGUGUGAGUGCCCCUCUAACCUACCUCUCUACGUCUCUCUCUGUGUGUCUCUCCUCCCAGCCUGCAGUGAGCAGGACUCUGAGCCCGGAGCCCGUCUGACCUGCAGGAUCCUGCUGCACCUCUUCAAGACCCCCCAGCGCAACCCCUGCCCCCAGGAUGGAGCCAAGUCAGGUACAUACAUAGCAAGCCCCCCCCCCCCAUGUUUGAACCCACAUCGGAUAAAAUGUGAAUUCAUUAAUGCGAUUAAUAAAUAAAUGCUUUGACUUAAUGAUUAUUCUAAAGAUACGAUUUUAUAUUUUGCAGAUAAAUCUUCUGUUGGCAUUCGGUCGUCAUGUGAUCGCCACCUUCUGGCUGCCUCACAGAACAGCAUAGUGGUCGGAGCUGUCUUUGCUGUCCUAAAGGCCGUCUUUAUGCUGGGUACUACUUUCAGUAUUAUGCUAUUAUUUUGUCCUUAAAGUUGCAUAUAAGUCCACUUUUACAAUUUAAUGUGAUUAGAUUGAUGUAAUUAUAGUUAUUAAAUGCGUCUAUCUAUUACAACUGGUCACCAGUAAGACCACAGAAACCCUUAAGUUAUCCAUUUUGUAACAUUUUAUCUCCAUCUCCCUCCAGGCGAUGCAGAACUGAAGGGAUCGGGAUUCUCUCACCCCGCCAGCCUCGACGACAUCGCCGACGACGACAUGGGUUCCAAGAAGUCGGGCGGCCGCACCGUCUCCAUCGAAACAGCCAGCCUGGAUGUGUACGCCAAGUAUGUGCUGAAGAGCAUCUGCCAACAGGUGAGAACAUGAGAAAGAGGGUUAUCGUUCACACCAGGGUCACAUUUUUGGAACUUCUUUUUCUCCCAUCCGUUUCCCUCACCCACCAGAAGCUACAUAUUUCUUAAUGCAGUAAUGUCCAGGUGUGGAGUCCAUUUCAUUUGUUUCAUUUCAGUCAAUCCAGGAAGUAAACUGAAAUUCUAAUUUUUCUAAUUGAAAAGCAACUGCAAUUUCUGUUCACUUUCUGAAUUGAAAUGGAUUUGACCCCAUCUCUGGUAAUGGCAAUGCACUUAAAGCUCAGUUAGGACUAGGAGUGAAUCAGUCUUCAGUGGCAUAGUGCUCUUAUGACUUAAACCUAGGGUUAAAUACAUAGAAAUUUAAUUAAUAUAACAGAUUAAUAAUUUACUUGAAUGGGGACUCCCGUUCUAUUCAUUCUACUUCUAUGGAUUUAAUCCUAUCCGAUAGGCUAAAUCCAGAUAGAUAACGUUUGAAAACUGGUCCCUGGUGCUCUCAUGAGAGGCAAGGUUGACCCCCACCCCUUGGUUCACUCUUUUCCCCUACAUCACCAGCAAUUACAACACCAACAAUUACAAACUUGUGUCCUGACCGCUACUUGUGUUUUCCACAGAGAAGCACAUUAUUUAAUGGUAGUUGCCGAAUGUCAACAGGUGCUAGUCAUUGUAAAUCUGAAUUUGCUCUUACCAUAAAUAAAAGGAGAGUGUGCCUAGCUGUCGUUAACAGAUUGUGUACAGUGGAAAAUUGUCAAUUGUCAAACUGUCAAUUCAGAAAAGUUUUAAAUUCAAGUAGUGAAUUAAAAACAAUCUUCAUAGGAUACAAUAAGGAAUUUUCUAAUUCUGAUUUUAAUUUCGAUUCUCUUUCUGCAUUGAAAACUGAAUUGAAAACUGAAUUAACCUAAACCCUGUUCAGUGUAUAUAACCCUUGGUGAUCUCUCUCUCUCUCUAUUCACCCGUCUCUCCCUCUCUCCUGUUAUCCUCCUCCAUCAGGAGUGGGUGGGUGAGCGCUGUCUCAAGUCCCUGUCGGAGGACAGCAGUGCCCUGCAAGACCCGGUGCUAGUCAACAUCCAGGCCCAGCGGUUGCUGCAGCUCAUCUGCUACCCCCACCGCCAGCUGGACAGUGAGGAGGGGGACAACCCCCAGAGGCAGCGCAUCAAACACAUCCUCCAGGUCAGGCCACAGAAGCCCCCAGCACUGACCACAGGGCUGCGUUCAGUAGGGCACAACGUUGUGGAACAUUCAGAUAAAAACAUAUUAUGUAGAACAAAAAUGCCUUUCUGUAAUGUAGAAUAAGGAAUCACGUCAGCCCUAUUCAUUACGUUUCUAUCUGCGCUGAAUGUUGCCCUGGCAACAGACAGCACUUCUCAUGGGCAGAGUAGACUUUUCACUUUUCCAUCAAGGGCAGCAGAUGUAUGACCUAAAUGCUUUUUCUGGAAAUUGCUUUGAAAUGGUUUUUUGAAGCCAUCAAGGCAAGUUGUAAGUGAAUCAGUGUCAGCCCUACAUGAUCGUUGGGGAUGGCUGAGAGCACAGUAGAAAGACGCACACGGCACAUCCAUUAGAAAUGGGGGGUUGUGGGUGCUAGAAUGAAUCAGUGGGUGAACUGUCUCUGAACCCCUGCCUUAGCUCAGCAGACCACAUUAGGGUACAUGAGGGUUCUGAGUUUUGUGAACGGCUUUACUGCCAUCUGCUGACUAAAGCAGCGCUACAGGGAGAGUGGAGCUAAUGGUCUCUCUCUGACUAUUUAACUGCUUGGGGAUUGUUGUGGUAUAUAAAUGUCUAAAAGUUAUGUCCCAUGCCUCUAGAACAUGGAUCAGUGGACCAUGAGACAGUCAUCCUUGGAGCUGCAGCUUAUGAUCAAGCAGAGUACAAACAACGUAAGUAACCAGACUCCAGUGGCCUGUAAGGCCCUCAAAACACUGACAACACUGCUAUCUAGGCACAAUUAAGUAUUAUUUUGUUUUUUUCUCAAUAGAAUAUUGAUUUAGAAUGCAAUCCAUCUGUAAAGUUCAAAUGUGCAUCUGAUUCAAUGAAGUACGUAGAGAGAGAAUAUUAAAGUGGAUUAUGUCAUAACCCUUCAUAACUGUAGAAUGUGCAGCCAUCUUGUUCGGGGAUAAAUUCCCUGUGAUUGAGUGUAAGUGGAUGGACUCGUAUUCCUUGUGUCUCCCUGCAGGAGCUGUACUCCUUAUUGGAGAACAUCGCCAAGGCCACUAUCGAGGUGUUCCAGAAGUCAGCGGAGAUGAACUCCACCAACCUCUCAGGGAACGGGUCAGCCAGCGCCGGAGGUUCUGCCUCCAACAGCAACAACCCUGGCAAGAAACCAGUGUUGAGGUGUGUGUGUGUGACCUUUCUAAAUUCUCCCGCCUAUUUACAAAUAGGCAGAGGCUGCAGAUCUGUAGGUAACCUCCCCCGUCCCGCCCCCCUGGAUCCCUUUUCACCAGAGCGGAAGAUCUGAAUCACGGUCUGCGCAAGGGUUUCUUUACCUCUACUUUACGCACACAUUUCUGUGGUCAAAUUUCUCACUGUCAAUUGUGAAUGAUAAUUUGAGUUUUACCGGUGAAACGUCCAUGCAGCAGCUGCAUACCAACCAUUUGAUCUCAAUCAGUUUCAUGGGGAUAUGCUUUUAGAUCUUGAGUUAUACAGUGUUGUUUCAAAGUAGCAUAUUGUGUUUUUUUUUAUUAGGUACAGUGAGUGAAUUUUAGAGCAUGGUGUUACCAAACAAGUGUUUAGUUUCAAUCAAAGCACAUAUUUGCCUAGUGGUGUCCGCUUUUGCGUUUUCGUCACAUUACAGAAAAAUGCGACCAUAAUUUGCGCAAUCAUCCGAAAAUCUCCUAAGAAAUGAGGUGGUGUUUUUUGUCUUUCAGUAACGUUAUACUAUACUAUGUUAUUAUAUUCUGUUCUGUUAUGUAGAAUACUAUAAUUAUUUGAUCUUGCAGACAUUGAUUUCACUUUAUUAAACAAGCACCAUUCGCCAGAGUAGCCUGCGCAUGUGCAGGUUUCUCGUAAAGUAGAGAAUCCCGCCCAUGCGCAGAAGCUUCUGGACCUUUAGCUGCCAGGAAGAGGGCUCCAGAAAAGUCGGAUCUGCAGCCACACCGUAAAAAAUAUGUAGGAAUAUUGAGUUCACUGAGAAAUCAAAUGGUAAAAUGGUUAUUUGCAAUCUUAUUUGAUUAUACAUUUUCUGUGAGAUACAUUGAAACAAGCAUGUAUCAUAGGUGCACUACCAAUUGACAAAUUUCAACCAGAAAAUAUCCAUUGUUUUCACAUUCUCUUUUGGUGAAACCAUUUGAAUCAUCUAAAACGGGGGUCGGCAACAGGUAGUCCGCGGGCCAAAACCGGCCUGCGAGUGAUACUUUUUUGGCCCCCUAAAGUUUUUAGUAAAAACAAUCAAACCGGUGCGCCUGGCACCUGCUACCAUACCCUGUUCAAAGGCACUUAAAUAUUUUGUCUUGCCCAUUCACCCUUUGAAUGGCACACAUACACAAUCCGUGUCUCAAUCUACACUGAUUGAAGUGGAUUUAACAAGUGACAUCAAUAAGGGAUCAUAGCUUUCACCUGGUCAGUCUGUCAUGGAAAGAGCAGUGUUCCUAAUGUUUUGUACACUGUGUAUUUAUAAAAAAAAUAUGGAUUUUUGUUUUUAGGUUUUUAAAAAUUAUUAAAAUCACCAGGAAUUCAGCUAAAAAUUUGUUGUGGUCAAUUUGCAGUGUACAAAUUAUUAUAAUUAUGUUCUGGCCACCCGACCAUCCACUGAUGAAAAAAAUUGUCCCGUGGCUGAAUCUAUUUGCCUACCCCUGGGCUAAAGGAUCAUCAAACAUGCUUUCUCAUUGUUGGUGAAAUCUAACCUCAGUGUAACAUCUCAUUAUUUUUGUUUGUGUUCCACCCCCAGUUCGUCUGAGCGGUCUGGUGUGUGGCUGGUGGCGCCACUGAUAGCCAAGCUGCCCACCUCGGUCCAGGGCCACGUCCUGAAGGCGGCAGGGGAGGAGCUAGAGAAGGGCCAGCAUCUGGGGUCCUCCUCACGCAAGGAGAGGGACCGGCAGAAACAGAAAAGGUCAGACAACUCACCCCUGAGGAACCCCUUUUUUUGAAUGGUCUUGACAGAUGUUAUGAGUAGUAAACACACAGGACUGGCUCAGUCUGUCAGAACAGCUUGUUUUAGUUGGUGUCAAAACCAGGGGCUUUAUGAGGUAGUAUUUUGGGUCAUGUAGAUAAUGCUCAUUUUAUCAACAUGGUUAUACUCUCAUCCAGAAAGCGUAACAAUCUGCUUUAGAUACUAAAAACUAAUUGGAUGCAGGAGUCCCCAAUUAUGAUACGAUUUUGGCCCCGGCUUCGAUAUUCCCAAAUUGAUGGUGGAUGUAUUGCCCCUACACUUUUGUCUGUUUCCAGCAUGUCUCUGCUGAGCCAGCAGCCCUUCUUGUCUCUGGUGCUGACCUGUCUAAAAGGCCAGGAUGAACAGAGAGAGGGUCUCCUUACCUCCCUCUACAGCCAGGUGCAGCAGGUAAGACCCAACACAGCCUCUCCCCCAUUUUCCUGGCUACCCAAACUCCUUGCUCUGCCAAAUGCUACGCCAGGCCCACGGAAGUUAGUUUUUUCUCCGCAGUGAGUCUGGAUCUGAGUUACCUCCCUGACUAUUUAUAGAACGCAAACACAUUCUAACUUUUCUGAUUGGUCCCAGAAACUGAUGGGUUGGGCCAGAACCAGAACACACAUGGUUAAAGCUAUGUUUUGAACAUUCGUAAUUGGCUUUGAUACUCUGAUUGGUUAGAGAUAAUCCAAUCGCUGAUUACUUUGUUUUGUUCAACACCCCUCAUUUUGACGUCACCACAAACGACUUCAACGAUGUCCUCUGUAGCUGUGGUCCUCUGUAGCUCAGCUGGUAGAGCACGGCGCUUGUAACGCCAAGGUAGUGGGUUCGAUCCCCGGGACCACCCAUACACAAAAAUGUAUGCACGCAUGACUGUAAGUCGCUUUGGAUAAAAGCGUCUGCUAAAUGGCAUAUUAUAUUAUUAUAUUAUGUCAGUCUGACUGAAGUAUGUAGCUAACAGAGCAGCGGAAGAAUUCAGUUUGAGUCUUCAGACAACUCCCCCAUCUUCUCCCACAUCACUUCUAUUAGGCCCAAAUCCCAACUUGAGAUCUGUGUGCAUAACUGAAGGUUCCAUUGACAUCAAUGUAUGAUUUACACAGAAAUCCAAGUGUGUUCAUCUCAAGUUAGGAUUCCCCCCUCAGUGUGCUCACUGUUGGCUGAAUGUGCCAUCUCAUGCUGACUGCUGCUAUUGGCUGCGUUUCCAUCUUCCAGAUUGUAACAAACUGGCGGGAGGACCAGUACCAGGACGACUGCAAGGCCAAGCAGAUGAUGCACGAGGCGCUGAAGCUGCGGCUCAAUCUGGUGAGGGCUCUUCGUCACCACCAACAUGGUCAAUUGUCUCAGUAUCAGAUAGGGCCAGAUAUAAUCUAAGGGGACAGAAAUGAUUCACUAGAAAGGAUUGGAAAGUACCCAGGAAACAAAUGAAACCCAGUUACUUACUGCUACAGAACACUGCUGUUUUAUCCAUUCAAAGUACAAAGAGAUAUAGAGGUCAAAUUAUUAUGAUUUUUUAAACUCUCACAGUUUAAAUGAGUUUUCAGUAACAUUUCUGAAAUGCAUACUAAGAAGAAAUUGGAUGUGUUAUCUUUGCUCUCCAGGUGGGUGGGAUGUUUGACACGGUACAACGCAGCACACAGCAGACCACCGAGUGGGCUGUGCUACUCCUCGACAUCAUCAGCAGCGGUACGGUGGACAUGCAGUCCAACAAGUAAGUCACAACACAACUGCUCACACAUUUUAAACUUCAUGUCUUUAUUUGUUGUUAAGAUUGUAAUGUCACCAUGUAAAGCAUCACUGUGUAAUUUCUCUACUUUCUCCCUCCCUCCCGCUCGCUCUCUCCCUCCCCCCCGCUCGCUCUCUCCCUCCCCCCUCCCGCUCUCUCCCUCCCCCCCUCCCGCUCCGAACGCUCCUACCUCCCUCACCUCCCGCUCGAUCGCUCCCUCCCUCCCCUCGCUCUCUCCCUCCCCCCUCCCGCUCUCUCCCUCCCCCCCCGCGCUCUUUCCCCCCCCCCGCGCUCUCUCCCCCCCCUCCCGCUCGAUCGCUCUCUCCCUCCCCCCUCCCGCUCCGAUCGCUCUCUCCCUCCCCCCUCCCGCUCGCUCGAUCGCUCUCCUCCCUCCCCCCUCCCCCCUCCCGCUCGAUCGUCUCUCUCCUUCCCCCCUCCCGCUCGCUCGCUCCUCCCUCCUCCCUCCCCCUCCCGCCGCUCGCUCGCUCUCUCUCCCUCCCCCCCUCCCGCUGCGCUCGCUCUCUCUCUCCCUCCCCCCUCCCGCUCGCUCGCUCUCUCUCCCUCCCUCCCGCUCGCUCGCUCUCUCCUCUCCCUCCCCCUCCCGCUCGCUCGCUCUCUCUCUCCCUCCCCCCUCCCGCUCGCUCGCUCUCUCUCCCCCCCCCUCCCCCGCUCGUCUCUCUCCUCCCCUCCUCCUCACCUCUCCCCCUCCCUCGCUCCUCUUCUCUCCCUCCCCUCCCGCCUCCGCUCCUCUCUCUCUCCCUCUCUCUCUCUCUCUCUCUCCUCCUCUCUUCUCUCGCUCUCGCUCUCUCCCUCCCUCUCCUCUCUCUCUCGCUCUCUCCCUCCCUCUCUCUCGCUCUCUCUCCUCCUCUCUCUCGCUCUCCUCUCCUCCCUCCCUCUCUCUCUCCGCUCUCCCUCCUCUCUCUCCCUCCCUCUCUCUCUCCUCCUCCCUCUCUCUCUCUCCUCUCCCUCCCCUCUCUCGCUCUCUCCCCUCCCCCACCUCUCUCGCUUCCUCCCCUCCCUCUCGCUCUCUCCCUCCCGCUCUCCUCUCCUCCUCUCUCGCUCUCCCUCUCUAUCUCUCUGCCUCCUCCCUCGCCUCCUCCUCACUCGCUCCCUCCUCUCCCUCUCUCGCCUUCUCCCCCUCUCUCUCGUCUCCUCUCUCCCUUCCUCUCUCUCGCUCUCUCCCUCCCCCCUUCCCUCUCUCUCGCUCUCUCCCCCCCAACUCUCUCGCUCUCUCCCCCACACUCUCGCCUCUCUCCUUCCCCCACGCUCUUGCUCUCUCCCCCCACUCUCUCUCACUCUCUCCUUCUCUCCCCUCUCCUCCCUCCCUCUCUCCCUCUCGCUCGCUCUCUCCCUCUCUCUUGCUCUCUCCCUCCCCCACACUCUCCCCCCUCACUCUCUCUCCCCCUCACUCUCCUUCUCUCUCUCUCCUCUCUCUCCACCCCUCACUCUCUCUCUUGCUCCCCCUCUUUCUCCCUCAGUGAGCUCUUCACCACGGUACUGGACAUGCUGAGUGUGCUGAUUAAUGGCACGCUGGCUGCUGACAUGUCCAGCAUCUCUCAGGGCAGCAUGGAGGAGAACAAGAGGGCUUACAUGAACCUGGUCAAGAAGCUCCGGGUAAGAUCACACACAUCACACUGGAUGUACACUAUAUAUACAAAAGUAUGUGUUGCUGACAGGUGUAUAAAAUCAUGCACACAGCCAUGCAAUCGAGCACACCGCCAUGCAAUCUCCAUAGACAAACAUUGGCAGUAGAAUGGCCUUACUGAAGAGCUCAGUGACUUUCAACGUGGCACCGUCAUAGGAUGCCACCUUUCCGACAAGUCAGUUUGUCAAAUUUCUGCCCUGCUAGAGCUGACCCGGUCAACUGUAAGUGCUGUUAUUGUGAGGUGGAAACGUCUAGAAGCAACAACGUCUCAACCGCAAAGUGGUAGACCACACAAGCUCACAGAACAGGACCGCCAAGUGCUGAAGCGCGUAAAGAUUGUUUGUCCUCGGUUGCAACACUCACUACCGAGUUCCAAGCUGCCUCUGGAAGCAACGUCAGCACAAGAACUGUUCGUCAGGAGCUUCAUGAAAUGGGUUUCCAUUGUCGAGCAGCCGCACACAAGCCUAAGAUCACCAUGCACAAUGCCAAGAAUCGGCAGGAGUGGUGUAAAGCUCGCCGCCAUUGGACUCUGGAGCUGUGGAAACGCAUUCUCUGGAGUGAUGUAUCACGCUUCACCGUCUGACAGAUGAAUCUAGGUUUGGUGGAUGCCAGGUGAACGCUACCUGCCUGAAUGCAUAGUGCCAACUGUAAAGUUUGGUGGAGGAGGAAUAAUGGUCUGGGGCUGUUUUUCAUGGUUUGGGCUAGGCCCCUUAGGUCCGGUGAAGGAAAUCGUCACGCGACAGCAUACAAUGACAUUCUAGACGAUUCUGUGCUUCCAAGUUUGUUGCAACAGUUUGGGGAAGGCCCGUUCCUGUUUCUGCAUGACAAUGCCCUCAUGCACGAAGAGAGGUCCAUACAGAAAUGUUUUGUCGAGAUCGGUGUGGAAGAACUUGACUGGCCUGCACAGAGCCCUGACCUCAACCCCAUCAAACACCUUUGGGAUGAAUUGGAAGGCCGACUGCGAGCCAGGCCUAAUCGCCCAACAUCAGUGCCCGACCUCACUAACGCUCUUGUGGCUGAAUGGAAGCAAGUCCCUGCAGCAAUGUUCCAACAUCUAGUGGAAAGCCUUCCCAGAAGAGUGGAGGCUGUUAUAGCAGCAAAGGAGGGACCAACUCCAUAUUAAUGCCCAUGAUUUUGGAAUUAGAUGCUCGACGAGCAGGUGUCCACAUACUUUUGGUCAUGUUGAAUACAUAAUAAUGUACAGUUGAAGUCGGAAGUUUACAAACACCAUAGCCAAAUACUUUUUAAACUCAGUUUUCACAAUCCCUGACAUUUAAUCCUAGUAAAAAUUCCCUGUCUUAGGUCAGUUAGGAUCACCACUUUAUUUUAAGAAUGUGAAAUGUCAGAAUAAUAGUAGAGAGAAUGAUUUAUUUCAGCUUUUAUUUCUUUCAUCACAUUCCCAGUGGGUCAGAAGUUUACAUGCACUCAAUUAGUAUUUGGUAGCAUUGCCUUUAAAUUGUUUAACUUGGGUCAAACGUUUCGGGUAGCCUUCCACAAGCUUCUCACAAUAAGUUGGGUGAAUUUUGGCCCAUUCCUCCUGACAGAGCUGGUGUAACUGAGUCAGGUUUGUAGGCCUCCUUGUUCGCACAUGCUUUUUCAGUUCUGCCCACACAUUUUCUAUAGGAUUGAGGUCAGGGCUUUGUGAUGGCCACCCCAAUACCUUGACUUUGUUGUCCUUAAACCAUUUUGCCACAUCUUUGGAAGUAUGCUUGGGGUCAUUGUCCAUUUGGAAGACCCAGUUGCGACCAAGCUUUAACUUCCUGACUGAUGCCUUGAGAUGUUGCUUCAAUAUAUCCACAAUUUUCCUUCCUCAUGAUGCCAUCUAUUUUGUGAAGUGCACCAGUCCCUCCUGCAGCAAAGCACCCCCACAGCAUGAUGCUGCCACCCCCGUGCUUCACGGUUGGGAUGGUGUUCUUCGGCUUGCAAGCUGCCCCUUUUUCCUCCAAACAUAACGAUGGUCAUUAUGGCCAAACAGUUCUAUUCUUGUUUCAUCAGACCAGAGGACAUUUCUCCAAAAAGUACGAUCUUUGUCCCCAUGUGCAGUUGCAAACCGUAGUCUGGCUUUUUUAUGGCGGUUUUGGAGCAGUGGCUUCUUCCUUGCUGAGCGGCCUUUCAGGUUAUAUCGAUAUAGGACUCGUUUGACUAUGGAUAUAGAUACUUUUGAACCUGUUUCCUCCAGCAUCUUCACAAUGUCCUUUGUCGUUGUUCUGGGAUUGAUUUGCACUUUUCGCACCAAAGUACGUUCAUCUCUAGGAGACAGAACGCGUCUCCUUCCUGAGCGGUAUGACGGCUGCGUGGUCCCAUGGUGUUUAUACUUGCGUACUAUUGUUUGUACAGAUGAACGUGGUACCUUCAGGCGUUUGGAAAUUGCUCCCAAGGAUGAACCAGACUUGUGGAGGUCUACAAUUUUCUUUCUGAGGUCUUGGCUGAUUUCUUUAGAUUUUCCCAUGAUGUCAAGCAAAGAGGCACUGAGUUUGAAGGUAGGCCUUGAAAUACAUCCACAGGUACACCUCCAAUUGACUCAAAUGAUGUCAAUUAGCCUAUCAGAAGCUUCUAAAGCCAUGACAUCAUUGUCUGGAACUUUCCAAGCGGUUUAAAGACACAGUCAACUUAGUGUAUGUAAACUUCUGACCCACUGGAAUUGUGAUACAGUGAAUUCUAAGUAAAAUAAUCUGUCUGUUAACAAUUGUUGGAAAAAUUACUUGUGUCAUGCACAAAGUAGAUGUCCUAACCGACAUGCCAAAACUAUAGUUUGUUAACAAGAAAUGUAUGGAGUGGUUGAAAAACGAGUUUUAAUGACUCCAACCUAAGUGUAUGUAAACUUCCGACUUCAACUGUAUGUCCUAUGUAGCAGAGUUUUCCGGUAUUGUAUUUUAUCUAUUGAAGUCAAUGGAAGGGUGUUAUGCUAUAUGCUCACUACAAGAGGUCCCCACUCUUCUAGAAUUCAGUUGAGUCAAACUACUGUCAAACAAAUACUAGGAAGCAUCUCAAUGAAAUACUUUAAAAAAAUAUUUAUUUCAAGGUGUUUGGCUCGUUCUCUGCUCAAAGGUAUCAAUAACUCAAAUGUUGUGGUGUGUAUUUGCAGAAAGAGCUGGGUGACCGGCAGUCGGAGAGUCUGGAGAAGGUGCGGCAGCUGCUCCCUCUGCCCAAGCAGACCCGUGAUGUCAUCACAUGUGAACCACAGGGCUCGCUUAUUGACACCAAGGGCAACAAGAUCGCUGGGUUUGAGAAGGAGGUACAGUACUAUGAGCUCUGACCCUUGGAAGACAUUGUCAACUCAAUUGUUGCCUUUAUUACUGUUUCUCUGUCACCAAUAUUGAGAUUAACCUUUUGUCCCACACUGUUCUUCAUAAACUCUUGUCUCUCAGCUGUUCUCUAGGAAUGUCUUCAGUAACUUCUCUAAAUAGCAGACCUGGGUUUUAGUUCAAAUACUUGGUUGAGAUUGCCUGGUGAAAUGGAACUAAUGGAAUAGUCCCAAAACUGUAAACCAUACACUCUGUCUAGAUGCACUCCAGGCCCCUUCAAAUGCUCAAAGUUUCUGAAAACAAAUAGUAUUUGAACUCACGUCUGCUUAAUACUCCUGCAUCUAGACAUUGUAGUUGUCAGGAGAUAUUUGUGGCAACACCAAUAAUUGUGAUUUAUAGAGAUGUAAAACCAUCUUUCCUCUUUACCAUCAGGGCCUCCAAGUGUCGACCAAGCAGAAGAUCUCUCCGUGGGACGUGUUCGAGGGCCUCAAGCACUCGGCCCCUCUCUCCUGGGGCUGGUUCGGGACGGUGCGCGUGGACCGUAAGGUCACCAAGUUCGAGGAGCAGCAGCGCUUCCUCCUCUACCACACCCACCUGAAGCCCAAGCCACGCAGCUACUACCUGGAGCCCCUCCCCCUGCCCCCUGAGGACGAGGAGCCGCCCACGCCUGUUCCCCAGGAACCCGAGAAGAAGAUGGCGGAGCCGGUGAAGCCGGAGAAGAGCGUCCCUGCAGUGUCGUCCGACUCGACCAAGAAGAAGACCAAGAAGAAGAAGGCACCGUCCACCAACAAGACUGAGGUUAGUGAGACACUGGGACAGGUCCUGUCCAGGAACAACUACUAGCUAGGCCCUAUACCCUAGGCAUUUGUGUAGACCGGAAAUAAUUGGAUAGGUAUAAAGAAUAUGGCCAAAAUUGACAUUUUAGUCAUUUAGCAGAUGCUCUUAUCCAGAGCGACUUACUUAGUGCAUUCAUCUUAAGAUACACUACAUGGCCUGCUCGUCGACACCUGCUCGUCGAACAUCUCAUUCCAGAAUCAUGGGCAUUAAUAUGGAUUUGGUCCCCCCCUUUGCUGCUAUAACAGCCUCCACUCUUCUGGGAAGGCUUUCCACUAGAUGUUAGGACAUUGCUGCGGGGACUUGCUUCCAUUCAGCCACAAGACCGUUAGUGAGGUCGGGCACUGAUGUUGGGCGAUUAGGCCUGGCUAAUUCAAUCCCAAAGGUGUUCGAUGGGGUUGAAGUCAGGGCUCUGUGCAGGCCACUCAAGUUCUUCCACAUCGAUCUCGACAAACCAUUUCUGUAUGGAUCUUGCUUUGUGCACGGGGGCAUUGUCAUGCCUUCCCCAAACUGUUGCCACAAAGUUGGAAGUACAGAAUCGUCUAGAAUGUCAUUGUAUGCUGUAGCGUUAAGAUUUCCCUUCACUGGAACCAAGGGGCCUAGCCCGAACCAUGAAAAACAGCCCCAGACCAUUAUUCCUCCUCCACCAAACUUUACAUUUGGCACUAUGCAUUGGGGCAGGUAGCGUUCUCCUGGCAUCCCCCAAACCCAGAUUAGUCUGUCGGACUGCCAGAUGGUGAAGUGUGAUUAAUCUGGGGUGGGAGGGCCUAGAGACUCGAGGUGGCAUAACUGAGUGCUCGGGUUGAGGUGUAGGGUUUGAGCAUAGCCUGAAGGUAGGGAGCAGUUCCUCUUGCUGCUCUGUAGGCAAGUACCAUGGUCUUGUAGUGGGUGCGAACUUAGAACGGAAGCCAGUGGAGUGUCCGGAGGAGUGGGGUGUCAUGGGAGAACUUGGGAAGAAUGAAAACCAGGCGGGUUGCAGCGUUUCUGGAUAAGUUGCAGGGGUUUGAUGGCACCAGCAAGAGUGCCAUUUGUUUUCAUUAUAAAGACAAAAGACGAUUUAACGUUUUACGUACAUUCAUUUCCACAAACAUUAAUGACAUCACACUAGCUCAGACCCACAUGUUCCCACUGUAUCCACACCCAUCCUGCCGUCUCACAAUAAUAUUUUCCCUCCUUCCUCAUCCUUUGGAUAUCUCCAGUGCUUGCAAUACUGUAUUUUAUGCCAUAUGGUUUCAAAUUGUACUAUUUUGUUUGUCUCUCUAGCCCAAAUGUUUUAAAUAUUUAGAUAAUAAUGCAUUUGAUUCAUCCACUGUUUUAAGCUGAAGUUGUUUUCAAAAUCAUUGAUGAGAAAAGUACGGUCCAACCCAUUGGGUAUCUCACCGCACCCUCAUGUCAUGUCUUGAAAUAUGCAGAUAGACAGAUUGAAAUUAAACUUAUAUUGUAAAACUUCUGACAGCCAACUUUCUACCUCCGCCCAUAACUUUUGGACUUUAUAGCACUCCCAGAAGGCAUGAAUCAUUGAGUAACUGUUCGUUUUACAAUUAAGUCAUGACUCUGCUGUGCUGUAGAAUUUGUGAAUUUUGUCUCUUGUAUAAUCAAUUCUGUACAUUUAGUUUAUACUGGAUUAAGGGUACAUUUGAAUUAAACCUCAAAUCUAUUGAUGCACCUGUGCGUCAAUCUAAGUAACACAAUCAAAAAAUAAAAAUCAGUCAAUUUAAGCUAGAGAUAUCAGUUUUUUUCCUGGGUUGCAUCUCAAUCCACCUCAUUCGCCUAUGUCAGCCUUCUGCAUCUGCGGUGGGAGGUGGCCGAGCUACAGCGGUGUUUGUCAGACCGUGAGACAUCCCAAAAAUCGGUCUUCUCAUGAAAACGUCUGUAGCGUCCAAACGGUUUGGCCUGCAAACUGUUAUGGGGAAACUCUCACGAUGGUGUUCUCCGUUUUGCUCUACGACCCCCACCAGUGUCACGGGACUCGUCUGAAGGUAACCCAUACAAACCAAUGGACAUAUGGAGAUAGUUUUGUGCAAACAAAAGUAAGGGGUUAAAUAUGUGUCCAAAAAAUAAAUAAAUAAAUGCUGAUCUUUCUUAUAUCUCCUAGAUAUAGACAUAGGACAGACACUUCAAAAACAUUUUCCUUAUGAUUUGACCCUAAAGGGGUCCUAAAAUUCAAAAUCAAAUAGCUAUAUGAUCCAUGGAAUGACCAUCUUAAAACAAAGGGACCAGGACGACUGAUCUGUGUAAAGGAAAGAAUGAAUGGGGCCAUGUAUCGUGAGAUUUUGAGUGAAAACCUCCUUCCAUCAGCAAGGGCAUUGAAGAUGAAACGUGGCUGGGUCUUUCAGCAUGACAAUGAUCCCAAACAAACCGCCCGGGCAACGAAGGAGUGGCUUCGUAAGAAGCAUUUCAAGGUCCUAGAGUGGCCUAGACAGUCUCCAGAUCUCAACCCCAUAGAAAAUCUUUGGAGGGAGUUGAAAGUCCGUGUUGCCCAGCGACAGCCCCAAAACAUCACUGCUCUAGAGGAGAUCUGCAUGGAGGAAUGGGCCAAAAUACCAGCAACAGUGUGUGAAAACCUUGUGAAGACUUACAGAAAACGUUUGACCUGUGUCAUUGCCAACAAAGGGUAUAUAACAAAGUAUUGAGAAACUUUUGUUAUUGACCAAAUACUUAUUUUCCACCAUAAUUUGCAAAUAAAUUCAUUAAAAAUCCUACAAUGUGAUUUUCUGGAUUUUUUUUCUCAUUUUGUCUGUCAUAGUUUACGUGUACCUAUGAUGAAAAUUACAGGCCUCUCGCAUCUUUUUAAGUGGGAGAACUUGCACAAUUGGUGGCUGACUAAAUACUUUUUUCCCCCACUGUAUGUUGAUAAUUGUCUUAGCUUUAUCCUUUGAAAACAGACACGUGAAAUGAUUCUGGGGUUGAGCAUGCGCAUCUUCAAUAUGUACCCAUUGUUCCUCUUUAGUGCAUUUAACAAUAUGACGCAAAUAAAAGCCUUGGGUGGCGAGUUGAUAAAAUUCCAAGUCUGGAAGGUUAAAACCACCCUCAGACUUGGGGAUAUGUAAAACUUACCUAUUUAUUCUGAGUUUUAUUUGCCCAUAUAAAGUCUCUUAUGGCCGAGUAUACUUUUUUAAAGUGUCUUCGGUGGGGUAAUUGGUAUUACCAAAAAUAAAUAGAAAAACUUUGGGAGCCAUUCUAAAGAGGUUUAUUCUACCUGUAAGAUUUAUGGGAAGAUUGUUCCAUUUAAUUAUCUGCUUUCAUGUUGAGUAAUGGGAUAAUGUUAUCUUCAUAUUUAUUGUUAGUCAUUUAUUAAGCAUCCUAAGUAUUUCAUAUUUUUGUGGUCCACUUAAAGGAUUUCUUUAGAUCAUGAGUUAUUAUUUUUAUUUUUCCUAUUGCGAUUAAGUUUUGUUUCAUGUAAAUGUUAUAUCCUGAGUUUUAGAGUAUUCUGGAAAUAGUUUUAACAGUAAGGGGGGCUUUGAGUUUAAUAUUAGUCAGGUAUAUCAGAAGAUCGUUGUCAUGCCAAGUUUCUUUGCUCUUUGGGACACUGUGGAGUUAUCAACCGUGAUGGAGAGGUCUUGGAGCGGGCAGGCCUUCCUCGGGAGGAAGAGCAGCUCCGUCUUCUCAAGGUUAACCUUGAGGGGUGGGCCGACAUCCAAGCUGAGAUAUCUGCCAGGCACCCAGAGUUGCGUGUCGCCACCUGGGUGUCAGAAGGGGGGAAAGAGGAAAGUAGUGGUGUGUCAUCCACAUAGCAAUGAUAGGAGAGACCAUGUGAGGAUAUGAUGGAACCGAGUGACUUGGUGUAUAGAUAGAAGAGGAGCGGGCCUAGAACCGAGCCCCGGAGGACACCAGUAGUGAGAGUUUGUGGUGCAGACACAGAGCUUCUCCACGUCACCUGGUAGGAGCGGCCUGCCAGGUAGAAUGCAGUCCAGGAGUGCAGAGCCUGAGACGCCCAGCCCUGAGAGGGUGGAGAGGAGGAUCUGAUGGUUCACGGUGUCGAAGGUAUUCCACCUAGCCUAUCAGAAGGCAAGAUGGAGUUACAACCAUAUUGCUUAUACGUGUCUGGACCUUUCAGAUCUAGGCGAUAGGUCUUUCUGGAUUAGUUAUCGUAGAAAUAAAAAGUUACUCAUAGCUUUAAGGACUCUUAUCACUGAGCACUCAUGAGUGGCAUCUUGACGAGGGAUUUGAAGGCCUUGUUCUAAGGGUCCAAAAGCUGGAUGAUAUUGUUGUUGCACAUAUUAGCAUUCUAUACAAGUAGCAUGUCUCAUAGAAGAUGCAUGUCUUCUCUCUCCAGGACUAUGUGACCUGUACCCAGGGUGGAGUGCCGUAUGGGACAGGUAUGCCCCCAGACCUCAUGGGCCAGCAGACUCACCCCUACAGCAGGAUAGGCUACAACCAGCAGCCCAUCAUGGGCAUGUAUGCCCAGAACCAGCCUCUGCCUCCAGGUCAGUGCCAACAUUAUCGUUGUCUAAGACCAGGGUUCUGAUCUAGGAUCAGUUUUGCCUUAUAGAUUAUAAUGAAUAAGAUUACAUGGACAGCAGGGGGUACCUGAUCCUAGGUCAGCACUCGUACUCUGAUACUGAUGAAAACAGUCCCUGUUGUAGUUAUUACUAGUUCGUUUUUACAUUACUAUCAAGAAAAAACACACUGGAACCUAUAUUCCUCUCAUGACUGUUUGAAUGUGAAGUGUUUUGUUCCAGCCCAGCACUAGAUUUUAAUGCAGGGGUGGAGCAAAACCCUGACACCCCGUAGUUCCCCCAGGACUGUGUUGAAGCUAUUUGGAAUUUUGACUUUAAUGCUAAUCUUUUUACCCUUCAGGAGGCCCUGGUUUGGACACCCCGUACCGACCGGCCCGGAACCCUCAGAUGGGCAAGAUGAUGCCCACGCGGCCCAACUACCCAGGCAUGAUGCCCGGCAUGCAGGGUGGCAUGCCAGGCAUGAUGGGUAUGGACAAGCAGUACCCGAUGGGCUACAAGCCCCAACCCAACAUACCGCAGGGUCAGAUCCUGCGCCAGCAGCUACAGGUCAGACUGGUGAGUCUGCAGGAACUAGACUCCACUGGAAUGGGACAGUAGUGAGUACAGAGGUUAUUCUGGACUGGACCUACCAGUGUGUCUGGAGGGUGUUAUUAACGUGCUCACAGAAUAGGACCUUGAACCUGGCUUUCACUGUACGCAGGACAUGUUUAUAGGUUUGAUUUGGAAUUCACUCCCUGUGGAGAAAAAAAAUGUGACCUUCAGGUGUAGAAAGCAGCACAUCGCUUUUUGAGAACGUUGGAGGAUGAUUGUUGUCUCUUGUCAUUUUCAGAAUCAGAGUAUGAUGGGACAACCGAUAAGGCAGAUAACGCCUAACCAACAAUACGGCUCCAUGCAGCCAACUCAGGCAAGUCUUUCAGAUGAGACACUUUCACCAACAUUUCAUGUGAUUUCUUUCCAGAUGAAUCCAUAGAACCUGUUUUCUUAUCUUUCUAUUUCCUCCACCUCUGAAAUUGACCCCAUGCGUAAACUAGUGUUCUCUAUUCCUGAUCAUCACUAUUCUACCCAUUUUCUCCCUGCAUAUUUGUCCUAUUUUCAUGAACAUUCUGGUUUCUCUCUCUCCGUGUGCAGAACAUUUCCCAGGGCUAUACCACGUACGGCUCCCACAUGGGGAUGCAGCCGCACCCCUCCCAGGCGGGUGGUAUAGUCCCUCCGUCGUACGGGAACCAGGGCUUCCAGGCCAGCCACCCAGGGGCCAACCCGGCCGUGGUGGACUCUCUGAGGCAGAUGGGGCAGAGGCCCAGCGGCUACGUUCACCAGCAGGCACCGGGCUACUCACACACCAUGCAGAACACACCAAGGUGGGCAGGAGGGAAGAGUUGAAGAGGGGUGGUGUUGUGGACAAUACACUCCAAUAGCACAGGGUGGUCUACUGUCCAUUUAUUAAGGAUAUUUCGGCUACUUUUAGCUCAUAUUGUGUUCAUGGAGUUCCUUUUUUCACUCCUUUUUCUUGCAGAUAUCAAGGCCUUUAAAAUGUCACAUUUAGCAUCACUGCCUAGUAUCUGGAUACAGCGUUAACAGUCAGUCCCACCUAUAAACUGCACUCUUCAUUUACUUUAAUGUGGUGGAUGGGAACAUUGGACAGUGCAGUCACAGUCUUUGUUUCAUGCUGUAGCACUAUUGGACAACAGUGACCUUAUUCUAGACAUAGUGGUGUAUUUGUGAAACAUUGAUGAAGAACCGGUCCCCUGAAUCUGUGUCUCUUCCACCAUCUCCAGGUUUCCCCACCAGUCCAUCCAACCGGCUCCCGUCAUGCAUGCCCUGAGCCACAUGGGGGGACAGGUGGUCCACCCGGGAAUGAGACCAAACCAGAUGCUGGCCGAGCAGCAGCAGCAGGCCCAGCAGCAGCAACAGCAGUACCUCAGACAGCAGGCACUCAGAGUAUGCUAUGUCUACUAA